GCUUUGCUCCUGCCAGCGCAGCGCUGCUCCCUCGGCUCCCCUGUGCCGCAUCGCCAAGCAGCCGCCGCCACCGUCGCCGCGAUGCUCCGCCGGGCCAGCCGCUGAAGAAUGAGCGCCGCUCCCUUCCUGCGCCUGCUGCUCCUGACGCCCCUCGCCUGGGGCCUCCUCAGUAAGCCCCCUCCCCCUCUGGGGGUCUCUCUCUCUCUCUGGGCCUCCCCCGUCUGCGGGCUUUCUCUCCUCCCGGUCGCUGUGCCCCCCCCCCCGCACCCAUCCCCUCCUGGAUUUUAUCUUCAGUCCUAAUCUCCCCCACCAUCACUUUUUUCCCUAGCCAGAAUAACCCCCCAACCUUCCUCUUCGCCCGGCUUCACUUUGACCUCCCCCCCACUCCACACCCCUUGUUCUCCUUUAGAAACGCCCCCCCCCCACCCGUCCAUUCCUUAAUUAACAUUUCUCUAACUAGGGUUCAUUCCCAUUCCUCCCUGCAUUUCCUUCAUGCCCCCUCCCACUUUAUUUUCCUAAUGAUUCUAUUCCGAAGCUUUAAUUCUCUCCCCCUCCCUUCUAUCCAACCCUGAUUUUGUCUGGCUGACCCCACCCUGCCCGAAUAAUUUCCUCUUAGUUAUGUGCUGCCAUUUAUGCACUUUGUUGUUAGUGGGGGGUUUGGGGGGCGUAGUCCACCGUUGGCAAUUCUGUCUGAGGUGGACUGGCUUAUAUUGGGGGCUGGGAGUUUAGCUGCAGGACUGGAUAGCUCCUGCCAAAGUUAUACAGUACAGUACAGUCGUACCUCUGGUUACGUACUUAAUUUGUUCCGGAGGUCCAUUCUUAACCUGAAACUGUUCUUAACCUGAGGUACCACUUUAGCUAAUGGGGCCUACCGCUGCCGCCGUGCGAUUUCUGCUCUCAUCCUGAAGCAAAGUUCUUAACCCGAGGUCCCAUUUCUAGGUUAGCAGAGUCUGUAACCCGAAGCGUAUGUAACCUGAAGCGUCUGUAACGUGAGGUACCACUGUACUGAUAUGUGGCCUCAAGGCUGUUUCCUUGGUGUUGUUUCUAACGUGAGUGCUCUUAUUGUGCCUGACUUCUCGGUCGAUGUGUCUUUCAUGUGUGGCCUUGGAGCAUAAGCUCCUGCUUAGUGGUGGAUUUCACACCUCGCCCCCACCCCACCCGUUGGUGUUCACUAAAGGAAUAAAGCUUCAUUCCUUCCCACUCUGAUGGACGGAGCACCCAAAACCAUGUGUCAUCCAGUAAAAAAAUAGAUUCUGGAAAAGAGGGCCUCUUUUCUUCUUGUGCAUAAUGGGCAGGUAGCUUUUUUUUGUUGCUAAUUUACCAUUUAAUCUCGGUAAGGAAUCAGACCCCUUUGUCUGUGCUGCAAUUCUGCAGCAUAGCAGUCCUUGCUAAUCUGGGGCACCUCCAGAUGUUUUGCACCACAAACCAACAUAAGCCUGAUGGGAGUUGUUGUCCAACGGACCCGUAGAGCACCAGAUUGGCAAAGACACCACCUGCACAUUCACCCUCCUGAGCUUGUUUUGCAACUUCUGACUCUCAUGAAUACAACCUUGGACACAUCACAUAAGUCACAAAGUUCCUUGAUUGGUUGAUUAAUUGCCCGGAUGCCCCGAUAGCAGAGAUGCUUCCUGCGUUCCCAGUAGUGUGUCAGGAUUAGGGUUGCCCAACCUUUGGAAGAGGCUGCAUGCUGUUCAUCUGCAUGAGUUACUGAUCCGCAGCAAAGGCUCCUGCAGAGAGACAGAGGGCAGCAUCCUCUAAGGGAGGCCCACUGUCACCAUCAUUGCACUGGUGUGGCAGAAUCAGCCAUUUAGACCCCUUGAAGAGACUUGGCGUGAUUGGAAGGAGGUGUAGUCAGAGCAGUAAAUCGGCCAGGGUUGCAGUCUGCAUCCUCUUUGGUGGGUGACUGAUUGUUCCUGACUGUGAAAAUUUAAUGAAUUCCUUUCUCACUGUGUGGAAGUUGUUGUGUAAGAGAUGCAAUCAACUUCCCCCCUUCAGCUGUUUGGGUUUGUGGACUUUGUGAACUGUCUGCUACCUUUACCCGAGGAAGCUGCCUCUCUCUUCAGAUAGCAGCAAAGCUCUUGACUUUCCUCAGUCAGUGGAUUGACACAUCUUGACUUUUACCUGAAGUGGCUAGAAAACAUUAUCUCAAGACGGGCGGCAGGAUGCUAGAAUCUUUUCUGUGGUAGCAAUUGUGGAUGUACUGCUCAACUCUAUGAGGCAUUCAGGCCAGUCAUUCAGUUUUAUUGCACAUAGCCAAAGGCUGCCGCAAUGUACACAGAAUCAUUCAACAAUUAAAAGAAAAUAUACCAGAUUGAUACAAAAAACUUAAAACAUUUAUAUUAUGAAGACAUUACCUACUCUAAACAGAGCUAUAAAAGUACCUUAAUAUACAAGUUAAGACAUUAAACAAUAAAAUUUAUAAGCUAAAGGUAUCACAUGGCCACUAACAUAUUAAAAAAGAAUGUUAAUUAAUACAAUGUGCAAUUAUAUUCGGAGUUUGGUGAUAAAGAUAGAAUAUAGCUUGAUGUAGACAGGGUCAAAUAAAUUCAUCUCCUUUACAGUUGGUGGCUACCUUGGCUAUAUAAUUUGCUCUAAUUUUCCUAGCGGCAGUUGCAAAGAGUUCUACACGCCAGGUCACAUACUUAUCUGUGUCUGCAAGGAGAUAUAAAAUCAUGUCAGAGGGGUUCUGGCCAGGGGACCUUGUCCUUAUAGGUGCUAAAAAUCUUUCUCUUGCUUCAUUAUAUAAGGGGCAGCGCAAGAUGUAAUGCAUAAGGUCCUCUACUUCAGGACAUCCCCUAAAUUGUGGGUGUACUGCUCAACUCUGUGAGGCAUUCAGGCAGUGGAUGUGGAAGACAGUUUAGAGCAAAUGUUUUAGGUGUCCUCUUGGGUGUUUGGUCUUCAUAAUAAUGCUGAGGCCAUCUUUGCAUCAUUGAAGCACGUAAUUUUGAACAAAGCUGUUGUUGGCCUGGCAUAGUGCAAAAUUAAGAAGAGCUGCUGUGCUAAAAUGUGGGGUUGCUCUCUUGCAACUCUGGCCCCAGUCACACCAUACAGUCAAGGCAUUUAAAGCAGUGCGGAGUAGUGGUUAGACCGCUGGACUGUGACUCAACCAUGAAGCUUAGUGGAUGACCUUGGGCCAGUCAGUUCCUCUCAGCCGCACCAUGAGGAGGGGGAGAACCAUGUACACCAACCUGAGCUCCUUGGAGUAAAGGUGGAAUGAGUAUGUGCAUGCAAUAAAUAAUAAAUAAAUAUGAUACUACAUUAAAGAGUCAUGGCUUCCUGCAAAGAAUUAUUGGAAGUGUAGUUUAAAGGUGCUGAAGAUUGUUAGGAGCCCACUAUAUUCCCCUCACUGAACUAAAAUUCUUAAAGUGAUUUAGCAAUCAAUCCCUCUUCACAUAGUCACUGCUGGCUGGCACCAUAAGGGAAAUAGUGGGGGGUGGCGUUGUCCCCACUUUGCUAUUUUAAACACGCUUUGCAAGCAGGAAUUAAAUUGCUUUAACUGACAGUUUGGCAAAAAGUGGGGGGGGGGGGGCGGGAAUCAUUGACUUGUUGGCAUGCAUCCAGGGCUGCCUAUCCUCUAUGCAAAGAAUUAUGUGCCAAGAGAAAUUGAAUUCUGUGAUUGGCAAAAAUUAUGCAAAUUUGUUUUGCCUAAUUUAUUGACUGUCAUGGGGAAGAGAGAGAUGGGAUAAGUCUCUCUCUCUCUCUCUCUCUCUCUCACACACACACACACACACACAGGUAGCCCUGCUCAGCUCCCCUCUUGCUCUUGUGGUUUUGCCAGGUACUUCCACAUAUUUUUCAUUGUUAUAUUUGCUGGUGAUGAGGGACAGGACCUUGCCUCUUUAUUUGUCUUUUAAAAGUGAAAGCUGAAAAUGCAAUUAAAAAACAAGCAAGCAAGCAAUUGGUGGGAUUUCAAACCACCAAUUAAGAGCCAGAUUGUGGCCAGGUGCUAUAUGGGAAUUGACUAAUUAAAGGGUCCUUAGAAUCCUAAUAGUUGGAAGGCACCCAGAGGGUCCAACUCUGCAAUGCAGGAGCGGGGGAAAGUGGAGCGCCAGCUGAACAGGGCUGCGCAGCUGUCCACUGAGACCUCAGCUGUGGGGGUUUGUCAUUGUGGAAACGCUCUGGAGAAUUUAGCCCCAAGUUAAGCAUUGUGCAGAUUUGCUGUUCCAGAUUCCAAGCAAAAAUAGUCUCAGAAGUCACUCAGAUUCAGUGGAGCAAAAUGCAUGCAGAGCUGGUCAUAUCUUGAUGACACUUUGCCAGCCCUAAAUCAGUUUUGAAAACGACGAGUUAGAGUUAUUAACAUAAUUAUUCUUGGGCAGCUAAAUAGGUAUCGCCUUCCAUAGCUUGAAGGCAUUUGGCAGAGCAUACCUGGGACGCAUCUAUUCUCCACCCACUUCCAUUCCAUUGCACAGUAAUUGAUAAGACUGUAGCUUAAUGGCUCGGUUUUACACCUGUGUCCAUGUACUAAACCACACAUUCAGAAUAAGAGUCUUUAAUGGCCUGAACCACUUCAGAAGAGCAAUUGUGUUCAUUCCUUUUUUAAAAAGUCCAUGCUUAUAGAAAGCUAGUUCAUCAGGGAAGAUAAUAUUUAUUUCCCACUCCUUUAUGUGAUAUUUCUACAUGCAGGAAGUGCAUGUUGGUGCAGUGUAAAGUGAUAAUUUAGAAAGGACCCUCCUGUUUACAUUUUAUUGAGGGGAAACGCUGCAAAUACUAAUCAAUAAUUCAUGCAUUAUUUUAGGUAUGCCCAUAAGGGGCCAUUUGAAUGGCGUCCAUAUACAGGUCACUAUUUGAAACCUGAGCUGGUUUGAAACCAUUUUGCCUAUUAGUAUCCUACUUUCUGUGAAAGGACACUCUGGUAACCAUGAUUUGGGUAAAGGAGUUGAGAUAUUAGUUUUGACAUCACAGCUGAUGACAUGCCUUACUGGUUUGUUUAUUUUUAGUACAUUUGCUUUUCAUAUGUGUUUUGAUACAUUUAUUCCCAGUCCCCCCCCCCCAAGAUUCUCAGGGCAAAGUGAGUGGUUUUUCAUCUUCUCUCAAUCUCGAUUUCAUAUUCUCAGCAACCCUGCGAGGUAGUUUAUGCUGGCAGAGAGUGAUUGGCCCAGUUUCAGCCAGUGAGCUUCAUGGUUGAGUGGGAGGGUUGAACUUGCCUUUCUCCUGGGCCAUGUUCUUGUUGUUUAGUCAUUUAGUCGUGUCCGACUCUUUGUGACCCCAUGAACCAGAGCACACCAGGCACUCCUGUCUUCCACUGCCUCCUGCAGUUUGGUCAAACUUAUGUUGGUAGCUUCAAGAACACUGUCCCACCAUCUCGUCCUCUGUCGUCCCCUUCUCCUUGUGCCCUCCAUCUUUCCCAACAUCAGGGUCUUUUCCAGGGAGUCUUCUCUUCUCAUGAGGUGGCCAAAGUCUUGGAGCCUCAGCUUCAGGAUCUGCCCUUCCAGUGAGCACUCAGGGCUGAUUUCCUUCAGAAUGGAGAGGUUUGAUCUUCUUGCAGUCCAUGGGACUCUCAAGAGUCUCCUCCAGCACCAGAAUUCAAAAGCAUCUCCUGGGCCAUGGAUGCGAAGUUUCCAGAUGUUGCUGGACCCAUCAGCCCCAGAAGCCAAGUUGACCAAUGGUCAGGGAUGAUGAGAGUUCCCCAUCCCUGUCCUAGGUGGUCUGUCCAUCCAGGCACUGCAGUUGUCUUCUGUCAGUUCCCCACCCACCUCCCUGCCAGCACUGCUUCCCUUGCAGCUGCAUUAGUGCCGCACUGGACGGCGCAACAAAGGUUGUGUGCCUGGAGGUGGUGGUGUCAGUAUUUUGGGGCUGCGCCGCAGGAGUCUGCUAAGAGGGGUGUGGUGGUGUUGUGGGGAAAGUCUGUUUGCUGUCCAUUCCUGGGUGGCACAGCCCAUUGAGUCAAGGUGCCAUGGCUGCAGGCAAGGGUGGCACCAAGUGCAGCUGUAGCAAAUAGAAUGCUUCUGAACCUUCUGAACAGCUAUAGUGAUGCACUGCCCUGUCAGGAUCAGCUCCCAGGAUACUCCCCCUUGCAGGGAGGACCAGCGUAGUCCAAAACAUCAGGAGGUCACCAGGCUGACAUAUGGUGAUGCUGUGCAAAUUGAGCACCUAGAACAGUGGUUCUCAACCUGUGGGUCCCCUGAUGUUUUUGGACAACAAUGCCCAUCACCCCUGAGUUCUGGCCUUGCUAGCUAGGGGUGAUGGGAGUUGUAGUUCAACAACAUCGGGGGACCCACAGGUUGAUAAAGGCUGACCUAGAACAAGGGUAGGCAACCUAAGGCCCAGGGGCUGGAUCCGGCCCAAUCAUCUUCUAAAUCUGGUCCGCAGACAGUCGGGAAUCAGCAUGUCUUUACAUGAGUAGAAUGUGUCCUUUUAUUUAAAAUGCAUCUCUGGGUUAUUUGUGGGGCAUAGGAAUCCGUUCAUUCUCCCCCCCCCCCCAAGCAAAAAAUAUAUUCUGGCCCCCCACAAGGUCUGAGGGACAGUGGACCAGCCCCCUGCUGAAAAAGUUUGCUGACCCCGACCUAGAACUUCGGAUAAUAUCAGAAGAAAGGGGGUUGGGGAGACCAUUUCCCAUAAACAGGCUACCCUGUAAUAAUUUAUUUCCCAACUGUACGAUAUGUUGCUUGAUUGCGGUCUCCACUGGAUUGAUAAGCUGCAUGUUCAGUUUAGUUUUCAAAAGGGUGUUUUGAUUUUUAGCACUCUUUGCUUGUUUCCUGAUCUUCCAGUUAGCAUCCUCUCGGGUCUGAACAGGAAGGAAAUUAGAUUUAUGAAGCUGAGUCUUGUGGGCAGACUGAAUGGGCUCUCAAAACAGUUGAAUUUUGGGUGGAAGGGAAAUCUGUUUCAGGGCUGUAGCUCAGCAGCAGAGUGCCUGCUUGGCAUGCAGAAUGUCCCAGGUUCACUCCCUGGCGUGAUCCUUCUAUGCUGAGGGAAGAUUCUUGUCGGAGUCCCACAGAGAGCCACUGCCGGUUCAUAUGGGCAGAACUGAACUAGGUGGACUAGUGGUUGGACACCAUAUAAGGUAAAUUCAUACAUUUCCAGCGAGAAGAGAGUUAGGGCCCAGCAGUUCACAAAUUCUGAUCCUGGUGAACAUCCACCAGCAUUUUACUGCAGCUUUCUCCUAAUAAACACAUUUUUGUAUGCAGUUCUGACAAAUAUACACAUCUUUGCAAGCAGUUUCCUGUAAAAUAAUGCAUUUCUGCAUGUUCUUUUCACCAAUGUAUCCAUUUUUAGGUACGUCAUCUUAGCAUGUUUGCACCCAUUUUUUGUUUGGAGGACAUCACUGCAACAUUCAGAGAAAUGUGAUUUUCAAAGAAUUAUUAUGACUCUGAGUGUUUAAAGCCCUUUGCGUAAAACCUAGAUAUACAUAUACAUUUAUGUAUCUAUACAUAUAUGUUUAAUCAGGCUGCUGCUUUGAUGGUACUGGCCUAGAUAAUUUAGAGUCCUCCCUGUGAAUAAGGAAACAGGGGCAGAUGUUUCUUUACGCUUAUCUGGAUUUGAACAUUGUGGGUUGCCAAACCUGCUUUUCCUGAAGCAUUUCACAGGAGGCCAAAGGUUUGCAGCCAGAGAAAUGCGUCCUGGGCUUGCAUGUGAGUGACACGAUUUGAGGACAAGGAACACGUGUUGUUGUUAUUAUUAAUGGCUGUGGUUCAAGUGCUGCCUCUUUGCUUGGCCCUGGCCUGCAAUAUCCUGAUCGCCUGGCUCAGGGUGAUGGGGAGGAAGGGGCCCAGACCUUGCAGAAACAGAAUCUCUUUGCUAAGUCCAUUGAGGGGCCAAUGGGAGAGGAGUGAGAAGUGGAGUGGAGGCUUCGCGCUCCCCAGCUGAGCUGCCCCAUCCCGCUCCUACUUGUGUGCAAGCAGGAGCAGGGUGGGGAUCUCUCAGCUGGGAAGCACCAAGCCUUCACUUCUGAGAGAUCUCCAUCCACUCCUGCUUGCACGCAAGUAGGAACAGGAUCGGGGAGCUCAGCUGGGGAGCACCUGGCUGUCCUCAGGUAGUGCAGGAGCUCUCAGAUGCGGCUUCCGGGCUGCGCCCACCUUCCCCAACCCCAGCAACUAUUCUGUUAUGUACUGAAGUUCUCACCCUGGGCCAGCAGGGGGAUACUGUAGAUAGUUAUGCAAAUGAAGGAUCGAAAGUGACGUUCAGUGGUUGGCUAGUUACAGAAAAUGGUUACUGUUGCAUUCUAGUGGAGCUCUAUAUAAGCAGGCUGACUGAGCUCCUCAGUUCAGUUCUGUUCCAGCUUACAAAUAAAGAGCUGCUUUGGAAGAAUCGCUGUGUCGUCUGAUAUGUUCGCCCACAACUUAACAUAUUCAGCCUGGCUGCCUUCAUGGGGUUGCAGGGGAUCUGAUGCAGAGGUGGGGGCUCCUUUAAACUUCUCCCUUGAGGGGAGUGCAGCCACGAACCCCUCAAUGGAAAGUGUGACGGAGCCUGCACUUCCCCAGCUGAGCAGCCCCAAUCCAAUUCCUGUUCCCGUGCAAGCAGCAACGCUGCCUAACAGAACAGCCCAAUCCCACUCCUACUUGCCUGCAAGUAGGAGCAGACCAGUAUAAAGUAAGCAGCUCAUAAGCGGCACACAAAACGCUACCAAGCCAUUCUAUGUUAUAAAUCUUAUAUUAAUAAUCCAAAAACUGAGAGAGCUAUGUACAAGAUCUACUACAGAAGCCACAAACAGAAAACUCAUUCAAAUUGUGUCCAAAAGGAAGAUUCAGUCUUUAAAGUUCCUUUAGCCAGGCUCUUGUAGAUAUCAACAAAGGUAAGUUUGAUCAAAUGAAGUGUCAGCGAUGUGUGGCACUCACAAUGGAAGUUAUACUCAGAACAGAGCACGUUUGGCUCCCCUUCUAAACUAAAAUCUCAGUAUUCAGGUUAAAUGGUCAUGUUGGCACUUUGCGAUAUAUAAGUGGGUGUUGAGUUGCAGCUUGGGCACUCGCUCUCUAAGGCUCGCCAACACUGCCCUAGCUAAAAAGCCCCAAAUGUUGUGACCUUUCCUCAUUGGGGAGUUGUUGCAGCUUCUUAAUCGUUCUGGUGUCUCUUUCCUUCCUGGACUUUGAGAUGAGCCUUGCAAUCCUUGCUCUGACAUUAGGUGAGCAGGGGAAAAGUAACAUGGCUUUUUCAGUGUUGGCUCCGCGGUUGUGGAACUUGUUCUUGGAGAUCUUCCAAGCUCUCUCCUUCUUUCCACCUUCAGCUGGAUGAUGAAGUCUUUCAUUUUAAAGCCAAGCUAGCUUUAAAUAAGUGACCUGCUGCAUUUGUUGUUCCUUCAAUGACGUUUUGCAUUCUGCUGUAUCAUUGUGUUUUAAUGGAUGUUUGGUUUUAUUGAUUUUGUUAUAUUAUAUUUAAAAACUGGGUUCGUUUUGGAUAGGACAAUGGGUCUGCAAUAUUAAAGUGAAAUGAAAUGGAUAUUUUAAGCAGAGGAUUGAGCUGGGCAUCUGCAGGCAAACAGGAUUAUGGGCCCAUCAGCCCAGGUCUCUGGCCUGUCACUGUCUCUGUGUUUCAGCCAGCCAUUUGGCACCGGGAAUUUGAACCCAAUACUUUCUCGCAGGCUCUGCUGUUGAGCUGUGGGGCUUUACCUUUCAAGUGUGCCAGAUCCUCAUUUUCCUCCUCCAGACUUUUUUUCCUGUUAACUGAAUGCAAAAUUUUGGGGGCAAGGAUACAGACCAGUGAAGCGCCUUUAAUCUAAACCUCUGCAGUGUGUUUGCUUCUGCUACCCCUGGCUGUAGGAAGGAAGGAGGGGGGAAAUCCUGAACCUAUUAUGAACCAGCAUGGCCAGGGUGGGGGUGGCCAGGAUUAAGAACGGGGAGAAAUUCAAUGAAGUUCACAUUGAAAGGCGAACCUACCUAAAUCACGCAUUCUGAAAUGAUAUGAGAAUGAAACAAAGUUCACCCUUCUCCAAUUUUUGCACUGCUGUUCUGCAGCCAAGUAACAUGAAAAGAAUUGCACAUAGUGAAAUAUCCAUAAAAUGCAUAUUUUAUUGUAAAUAUCAUGUGCAGAUGCAUUAUUUUAGAGGAAGUUUCUUUACAAAUGUGUGCAUUAGUGAGAUGAUGAUAAUAAUAAUAAUAAUAAUAAGAAUAAUAAUAAUAAUUUAUUAUUUAUACCCUGCUCAUCUGGCUGAGUCUCCCCAGCCACUCUGGGCAGCUCCCAAUCAAGUGUUAAAAACAGUACAGCAUUAAAUAAUAAGAACUUCCCUAAUAAUAAUAAAAAUAAAUUUGCACUAAAAUGCUUAUAGAUGUUCAUGAGCACUUUUUUUCAAAAAAUCACAAACUAUGUAACUUUUAUGUUGUAAACCAGAGCUUUCCAAACUCUUCAUGUUGGUUACAAUGCUUUUGUAGACAUGCACCAUAUUGCUACACAGUAAUUCAGUUUUACUAGCAAACCAGAGGUUAAACUAACCCCUUUUCAGCCCCGGAAGGAGCGUGGGGAGCGUUCACACAACACACUUACACACUGCAGCUGGCACACUAGUGUGUCGUGACAUACAGUUUGGGAAGCUCUGCUGUAAAUGAAGUUUAUAAAUUUAAUAAAUAAACUGGAGAAUUGAACUUUAAAUUGGAAAAACAAGAACCCGGGGGAAACUUGAAAUUUGCAGCAUCUCCCAACCCUGGUCAGGAUAGCCUAGCCCAGGCGUCCCCAACCUGCGGCCCUCCAGAUGUUUUGGCCUACAACACCCAUGAUCCCUAGCUAACAGGACCAGUGGUCUGGGAUGAUGGGAAUUGUAUUCCAAAACAUCUGGAGGGCCGAAGGUUGGGGAUUCCAGGCCUAACCCAGCCUCCAUCAACCUGGUGCCUUCUGGAUGUUUUUGACUACAACUCCCAAAGGCCUCAGCCAGAGUGGUUGUAUGAUGCUGUGGCUGAUGGGAAUUGUAGUCUAAAACAGCCGGAAGGCACCAGGUUGGUGAAAGCUGGAUGGCCUAGUUCAUGCCUCUUAAAAUAUCUGUUCCCCUAUCUGUUCCCCUUUCCCCCCUGCAGCUGCCUCAUUUGAUUAGGUGGGCUGAUUUGACAUGGUGGUUGAGAGCAUGAGCAGUGAGUGUGAAGUCGUGGGCUACAAACUCAGUAUACUAGCACAGGAGGUGUCCUGACAUAUUACAAUCUUCAUUAGUAAUAUAAUGAUAACCAUGCUGAUCUACCCUACCGGGGGCUGGUUGAGACUGAUUUAAGUAAAUAUUUAUAUCCCACCUUCGAAGUGCUUACACCCCACUUGAGGCUUCUUAUAUAAGAUUCUUAUAGCAGCCUUUCUCAACCCUGGGUCCCCAGCUGUUGGAAUACAGUUCCCAUCAUCCCUGACCACUGGUCUUGCUAGCUAGGGAUGAUAGAAGUUGUAGUCCAACAAUAGCUGGGGACCCAAGGUCAACAAUAUCUGGGAACCAGUCAGUGUAGAUGGACUGUUGGUGCAGGGCAGCCUCUGCUGUUCCUGUGUCAUAUAUUUGACAAACCAUGAGCAUCUUGUGUGGGUCAUGCUCCCCUAAAUUCUCUUCCUUUUCCUUCCCACUUCCAUUGAGGUACAGUAUUGGGGAAUCUAUUUGGGAUGGUGGAGCAACUGCUUACACCUGCCUGGAUGUUGGAACUCCCCAGCCUUUUGAAAACUUUGUGUCAAGUACCUCCAUGUGUGGUGGUGGUGGUGUUGAAGAUUUUGACAUUUUUGUAGCCAUCCAAGGUGAAACACUGAUAAGGCUGUUGAAAAUUUAACACUCCGUGUUGCUAAAAACCUAGAGCAAGCAGAAACCCCUUAUUUUGCAGAGAAGGUCUUCAUACCCAGUAGCAUUCUGCAGAUUGCCCUGUUCUGACACAUUUGUGCUUGGGGAGCCCAAGGGCCUUCUGCGUCCGAGAUUCUCUUCUUCUCACCCCCAAAUAAGCACCACCUUAAUAGCGACUGGUGAUGGCUGGCUCUGCUCGAAUAAUCCCUUAAGCUGCCCUAAGGAGUUGCCUUUCCUGGAAGUACUCCCAAGUCUGCUUCGAAAACCCAGUUUCUAAUCUGGAGCUAGAGCUGUAAGCACUCUGCAUCCUGGACAUCUGUGCUUCAAGGGCAGGCCUGUAAUCCCGGAAGAGGGGGAAGGGGGGAGCUUUUGGGAAUGGGUGGCUAUAUGACCCAUUUGAGCAGAAGCAUCUUCAAAUGCUUGGUAUCUGGAGGAGAAGAGAUUUUUUUUCUUGGGGGGCUAGGACGCAAAUUCAUUCCUCCUAAGAACUUUCAUUUUAAGGGGCAGUCAAUGUAUUUUUAUUUUUAAGGCAUGUGCCGUUCUUCAACAGUGUUCCCCUAACAAUGAAGUUUUAAAAUAAAGACAUGGUGUCUCUGGUUCAGGGGGAUCUCAAACCCUUUGGAGCUGAGAGAAAUUGUCCUCACUUCUUUUCAGGAGCCCAGGCUGCCUGCUUUCUCCCCACUGUCUCCCCACUGUCCUCAUCAUGGGGGAAGGUAGAUAGCCCCACCAGCUCCUUGAUUCUCCCCCUAGGGUCAGCUUCUGCCUCUUUGGCCUGUCCCCCACUCUGCUGUAGUGGCUCCCUCUGGGGCUUAUAGGCCAGGGGUCAGCAACCAAAGGUCCAUGGGCCACAAACGGCCCACAGGGGUCGUUUAACCGGCCCACGAGCUGCCCCCUAACCAAGCCGCUUGCUCAGCAAGGCCCUGCGCGCUGUGCUAAACCUGCGCAGUGCUGCGUGGGGACUCACUUCCAUGGUGCCGAAAAUCACGUCUGCGCAUGCUCAGACGCCGGAAAUCGCAUCUGCACAGACACUGGAAAUCGCGGCCGCGCAUGUGAUCCAGCCCAUGGAGGGAUCUCCGCUGGAGUGAACCGGCCCAGGCGAGGUAAACAUUGCCAACCCCUGUUAUAGGCCAUCAGGAGGAGGCUGGAAGUUUGCGUCCUCUAAUAAAUCAAUCCCUUUUGUCCCCAUCUGCACCCUACCUUGACUAACGGUGGGCUGAGCUACUCACGAGCCAGUAGUCAGUCUAGCAUUCUAACAGACCAUCUUGGCUGCCUCUUAGUGCAGACUCAGGACUGGCAGCAACAGCAGCAGAUAUGUUCUGUGCUUACGAUGAUAACUCACUUGUUAAUAAUGCUGUUUUAAAUGUGCAUUUUGACUUGCUUUAGAAAUGCCUGCAUUCAAAAUGUUUCAGAAACUUUUUAUUCUUAGCUUUGCUGCGUUAAAUGUGCAUUCUGUAGUUGACCUUCUUUGUAGUGUUUCAUUUUGAAAUAUUUUAAAUAAUAUUUCAGUUUCCCAUUAAUUAUGCUGCUUUGAAUGUAUACUUUAUGGCUGACUUUCUUCACUAAUGUUUUUUCCUGGAUUCUUUUUCUUGAUGCUCCAAUUCGUUGGAAACAGAAUCCUGCUCUCACACUGGCCAACCAAAUGCUUCCAAUUGCCGGAAGCUAUAGGAAGAGAGAGUGUUGCUCUUGUGCUAAAAUCCUGCUUGCAGGCUUCAGAGGUGUAGCUAGGGGGGAGCAGGGGGCAUUGUGCACCACACUGCGGGGCUUGACACUUACCACUCCUGAGCCACGUGUCUCUACUGGGUGGGACGUGGUUGCUCGGGAACCUGCAGGCUCCUGCUGGCUCCGUGCUGCCCAAAACAGCAGUGUGGGGCUUGCAUCCAGGCUAGAUGGGACAUUGGCCUCAUCCAGCAGGGUUCUCCUUAUGUUUUCCUUCUUCACCCAUUGUAUUUUGUAUCAUACCCUCCCUUUCAAACAGCUCAGGGUUGUAAACAUGAGGGUUAUCCUACUUGAUCCUUGUAACAACCAUGUAAGGUAGGUGGGGAGUUUAAUGGAACAGCCAUAGCUCAGUGGGUAGAGGAGGUUCCAGGCUCAGUCCCCAAUGGCUUCUCCAUGCAGGGCUGUCAGAAACACAAGAUAGCUGCUGCCCAUCAGGCGCGAAGGAAGUUUAACUGGCACCCAGUGUGGGGUGUCAGGGGUGGGGCAAACCACCCGGUGGCACAUGUGUUUGUGUUGUACAUACGGUGCACGUGUGGCACCACUACGAGUGGGAUCCUCUGCUCAUGGCUGCAGCUGUGAGAGCUGGAGCUGAAAAGCCGCGCACAACCAAUAGCUAGUGGGUGAUAAUAAUAAAAAAAUUUAUUUAUACCCCGCCCUCCCCAGCCAGACAGAGCCGGGCUCAGGGUGGCUAACACCAGUAAAAUUACAGUAGAAACAUAGUAGGGGAGGGGGGAAACCCAAUUUAAAAUACAUAUUAAAAUGGAAUUUAAAAUGCAAUUUAAAAAUGCAGCCUCAUUUUAAAAGUAGCCGAUAAAUCAAGACCAUAAGGGGAGGGAAGACAUAAGGAUCAGACUGAGUCCAAACCAAAGGCCAGACGGAACAGCUCUGUCUUGCAGGCCCUGCGGAAAGAUGUCAAGUCCCGCAGCGCCCUAGUCUCUUGUGACAGAGCGUUCCACCAAGUUGGGGCCAGUACUGAAAAGGCCCUGGCCCUAGUUGAGACCAAUCUAACCUCCUUGAGGCUUGGGACCUCCAAAGUGUUGUCAUUUGUGGACAUUAAGGCUUGCCUUGCACACCGCUUUGCAGCUCCCGCCUUUCCCUGGCUCACUGUAUGCUUGGAGUUGUGGGUGGGGGGGGCAGAAUGUCACCCCCAUCAGGAUGGCACCCAGAGCGCGCCGCACCCGCCGCACUCACCUUGCUCGGCCUCUGCUGCCCAUCAGUGUAGACAACACUGAGCUAGCCUCACUUAGGAUGAGGCAGCUUCCUACAUCCGAUGGUGGUGUUAGCUUUGAUACAAAAAGCAAAAAAGAUUAUUUCAGUAAUCAAGCUUUUGAAGCGACCCUUGGAAAACCUCAAGGUUUUGCCUUCCAGCCUUGCAAAUGAGCCCACAGCAGUACUAGCCUGCAAACUUCCUAAUUCUGAGCUAGGUGAACCAUUGGUCUGACUCGCUGUUGGCCUUGCACAUUGGUUUUUCUUUCCCCGUUAGUAAUGAGUGCAGACUUUAACCCAGGCUCCUUGCUAGACCCAGUGGCAUAGUGCUGGUUGCCGGUGCCUGAGGUGGGCAUGCGCAUGCACACUGGGUGAAGUGCAUGUGCAGGGCAGGUGCCAGCUGAGCCCUCGUACCUGAUGCCGCUGGAGCAACCCCACCCCUGCUGGAACAAAGUGGGGCCACACUGAGCUGCCCGUACGCACAGGGUGGAGCCCAUGUAGCCGAUGCAGACUUUGGUGGGUGGAGAGGAGAGCACCAGGCUGGGCUGCACUGGGGGCACCUGCAUAGGGGUGCCUGGUUUGUGCGCCCUCAAAAAUUGUGCAUCUGGGGCCACAGCCUCCUGGCACCACCACCCCUGGUUAGACCACACCACCUGUCUCUCACUCAUCCUUGUUCCUGUUCUGAGGCCUGUGCCACAAUAAACCCUUCUGAGACAAGUCAAAUGGAAGCUGACAGAGGUGUAGGCUCUAGGUCUCUCUCCCUUUCUUAAAACCUUCUCUUCUGCUGCUCCUUCCUCUCUGCCUGUCCUCUCCCCUGCUCUUUCUCCAGCCUCUGGGAUUGCCUCAUAGAGCAUCUAUCUGUCUCGCAAGCAGAAGAGGAGCCUGGCUUUUGCAAGAGCACCUGCCAGAGGGAGGCACAGGUGGGUGGAGUUGGGCAGCAGGAGCAUCUGCUGUGGGGAGGGAGGCAGGCUGGAUGGCCUGGCACGGGAGGAGAAGGCUGCGCUAGGUCUCUUGCUGGUACUCCAUGUGGCGGUGGGAACCAGGGUUUAUGGCUGCAUGAAUCACGCAAGAACAGCUCAUUGUGUGUGGAAGGCGAGCAUCUGUAGCCUGGCUCCUGAGCUGCCUCUGAGCACCGUUUGCUUCCUGAAAGCAGCUUCUGAUUCUGCAUGGCUCAUGCAUCUUAGCUCAGCCUUUUCCCAGGCUGGUGCUCCAGGCUAGAUAUUUUAUGCUGCUACUCCUAUCAGUCUCAGCCAGCAGAGGCUGGUGGGAGUUGUAGCCUGAAAGAGUGUUGGGACUACGAAGAAGACAGGACACCAGGUUGGGGAAAGAUGUUUUUGAGCCUUGGAGAUCUGUGCUGUGCCAAAGGUGAAGGCACCUUUGUGAAACCACAAUGCGUAUGACUUGGCUUUCAGUUUGAAGGCGCCUGGUUUUAUCUGUGAAAGGAUCUGUCUGUUCUUUUUGUGUGUGCGGUGCAAGGGGUGGCGGUCAGGACUAAAAAAUGGGUAUAUGAGCACUGACCCAUCCGCAGGGCUGGAUAUAAUGAUGACUAAUUUUUAUGUGCCUAUUUAAAUUUAUAUCCUGCGCUUCACCCUAAGGUCACAGGGGCAGGUUACAGCAUUGGGUAAAGGUAAAGGGACCCCUGACCAUUAGGUCCAGUCGCGGAUGACUCUGGGGUUGCGGCGCUCAUCUCGCUUUACUGGCCAAGGGAGCUGGCAUUUUUCUGCAGACAGCUUCUGGGUCAUGUGGCCAGCAUGACUAAGCCGCUUCUGGCGAACCAGAGCAGCACAUGGAAACGCCGUUUACCUUCCCGCCGGAGCGGUACCUAUUUAUCUAAUUGUACUUUGAAGUGCUUUUGAACUGCUAGGUUGGCAGGAGCAGGGACCGAGCAACGGGAGCUCACCCCAUUGCGGGGAUUCAAACCGCCAACCUUCUGAUCGGCAAGUCCUAGGCUCUGUGGUUUAACCCACAGCGCCACCCGUGUCCCACACAGCAUUGGUUUUCUCUUGUGCCUAUUUAUUACAUACACCAUUGGGUACCAUAUGUAAUAAAUAGGCACAAGAGUAAACCAGUUUUAAAAAAACAAAACAAAAAACAACAACCCCUGGAAUCAGGGGUUUUAAGUCAGACAAUCAUAGAACUGGGCAGCAGUCUUUUUUUAGCUGAUUUCUCAGCACCAGGGAGUAACUUUGCCAAAUAUUUCCAUCUUGGACUCAGCCUUGAAACAUACGGUACACUUUUACCAUAUGUUUGCAUGGUGGUAGUGCUCUUGUUAUAACCCACCUAGGUCAGCCUGCAGACCACCAGGAGGUCCCAACCCACUACACGGACCAGCAGUGGCUCUCUGGGGUUUCAGACAAGCGACAUUCCCAUUAGGGAUGGAACCUGGGAGCUUUUGCAUGCAAAGCAGAGGCUCUGCAACUGGGCUGCGGCCCUAUCCUGACUUCAUGUAAUCUGUAAACUGACCUCAUUACUAUAAGACCCAACCUUUUUUUUCCCCCUCCUUUAAAACAUUGAUUUUCCUUGUUCUGGCAGGCCCUACUUUAUUUACAGGCUCCUCCUCACCCACUUAGGUGCAAUCAGCUUACGUGUGACUUGGUGUAUGCACAGCGCCGGAAAAUAAAUAAUUCAAACCCAGAAAGGGAGGGAGAGAUUAAGAGAGGCAUCCUGGCUCACAAGGAGACUCUCCCUGGAGCCCGGAGAGGAUGUUGGUGAGGGUGGAGGAAGCCCCAAAGAGACUGGAGGCAGAGCAGAACCUUUUUUAACACUGUUCAGCCUGCCCGUCUAAUAGCUGAUGUGGCGCAGCUGCCGCAGCAGCAGCAGUCUCAAGGUUCCUGCCUGUCCUCCAGCCUUUUGCAGGCCCCAGAGCUUCGAUUCUAGUUAUUUUGGACACAGUGGUUUUGGUAUUGCUUGAAGAGAGAGUGGCAGAGAGGGUGUUUAGAGGGAGCUCCCCAUUUUACACAAUUUCAGUUAUGCGCACAGGGGCCUGGAAUGUAACCCCCACACAAGUAGGGAUUCAAUUUAGGGAUUUAUUUCGACGAGGCACUGUGGAGUGAUUUUACAACACAAUAAAAGCAUACAGAGAUUUAUUUGCAACCCGCGUCUUUCCUGCCCAGGAGUUCUCCUUCCUCCCCAUCUUACCCCAUCAACGGCCCUUUCAAGGUAGGCUAGGCCAAGGUCACCCAGCAACCUGCAUGACUGGUGUGAGAAUGUGCAGUGCUGUACUGUCAGAAAGCUGCAAUGGAUCUCAAAUCCCUGCCCCCCACAGCACUAUAUAGGAGGGGAUUCCCUUGGUUUUAGGGAAACAUCAGUGCCUGAUUUUUUUGGGGGGGUGGGCUUGCUUUUCCUGGCAGGAAAGAUGAAGGGGGGGUACAGUCUUGCCUUGUUCAUUAAGAGGGAAUCUGUGGAAGGGCCUCCUCUUCCUGCCUGUUUUGGAGCAUUAGAGUAUAAUCUGCUUCUAAAUCUGCCUUGUGUGAAUUUAGCUAUAGGUGCCUUUUUCGGCUGAGGAAGAAAGAGAUUUAGUGUUUAUUCCCAGCUACUGUAAAUCUCCAGCUUUAGGAGCACUACAGAGCUCAUAUUUUCCCCCUCCACCCCCCCCCCCUUACGUGCCGCUGAACUGGAUAUAAUAUUUGAAGAGGAGAGAUUAAGUUAUUUAAUGCAGAGGCUUGCCGGUAGUGGCAGGGAGUGGGGCUAAUGUUUUUGAGCUAAUGGUACCAGGAUCAGGGCUUGGUGUGUUACCUAAUUUGUUUUUAAUUACAUGAACAUUGCUGAUUUGCUUGCUCGGAGUUUAAAAUGUGUCAGAAAGGUGUGUGUUGUUAAAUGAAAUUACUGCUAACAGUAAUCAUUGUGUUUCUGCCUAUAUUGUGUAAUGCGUAGCAUUUGGUGCACAUUUCAGUUUCCUAUCAAUGUUUUCCCCCCUCCCCUUCUUCUUCUUCUUCUUCUUUCUUUCUUUCUUUAGCACAGUGAUCGCAAGUUGUCUGCCCAGGCUAUGGGUUUGCUGUGCAGAGUGGAUAAAAUUAAUUGCCAUAGUGAUAACAUUCAUUUUUAAAGUGUGUGGAGGAUACUCCAGGCAGUCAGGCCAUGAUCGCAGCUGUACUUUUCAGUACUUUUUGUUAUGGGCAAAUAACAAAGCCAAAGGUAUUCAGCGUAGCUGAAAUGAGUUUAUAAUCAUAACCCUUUGAAUUAAAAUCUAGCACUUACCUGACUACAACAGCUGUCUUUUCAUAAACUGCUCUUUGUAGCUUGUUUUUUCCCAGUGGUACCUCAGGUUACAUACGCUUCAGGUUAUACCGCUUCAGGUUACAGACUGUGGGCAGAUAGGGUCUCAGCCUGCGUACCAGAUGAGUCUGGUAGACAGCUGCUUCCUGAAGUGCUGCCGUCCUAGUGCUGCUGUUGUGCUGUGCUUGUGUGUCUGGUGGCUGGAACAGCCAUGCUGAAACUUCUGGGGAAACUGUGUGUCAGUGUUUUCAAAUGAGUAAUAAAAUAAAUGCACAUGCAGUUGGUGGACGACAGGAGAGUGGGUGAUUCAGCUGCUAUGGGAUCGCAUAAGGAGGGGCUCCUGGAUCAGGAAGGUCCAUUGGCCUGUCCUGGGCGUGAGGGCGACUUCCUUCCUUCCUUCCGUGGCUGCAGGCAGAUCUGAUAGUCAGACAAAGAUGCUUCCCAGGCUGUUAUAUGAUGGGCUGCCAGCUCCAUAUUAUUACAAGAGCAGGCAGCUAAUGUGAUAAAGGAUCCUUAAUGGGAGGCAGCAGGAUUGCAAUUAGUAACUUUCUCCCUGUCUCGCUUCCCGUAAUUGGAAGGAACAGGAGUAUAUUUCAUUCCUGGGUAAGAACAGUUCCUGUUGCAACGGAGGAAAUGUUGUGCAAAGCCUCAUGUGUAUUCAUGGAGCACAAGCAGGUUUCAUGAGCCUGAGCAAAUAUUGGAGCAGCUGAGUCAAAAGAGAUAUUGGGAUCCAGAAGCAUAACCUUCACCAGAGAAGCUGCAGCUGGGCUAGCUUGAAAACCAGCGGCUUAUUUCGUUGAACCUACAAGCAGGUUGACUCAAAUGGGGCUUCCGUGUUCAGGAGCAAUAUAUCCUUGUGUAUUGGAGGGAAGUAGGGAAUAGCCAUAGUGAACUGUUAAAGGAGAGAGGAAUCCUUGCCUACUCAUCAGUGCUUUACUAGUCAUAAGGAGUGGGAUUUGCAACAAAAUGUUGCAGCAUAGAGCACUCUUCUUCAGGGUUCUGGUUAGGCAGCAGUGCCCCCCCUCCCCCCGAGGCACAACAUCUCAUUCAUUAGAGGCCUGGCUGCUGGAUCAGGCCAGUGGCCCACCUAGUCUAGCAUCCUGUUCUCACGUUGGCCAACCACAUGCCUGUAGGAAGCCUGCAAACAGGACAUAAGCACAAGGGCCCCCUCUCCUCCUGUGCGCUCCAGACACUGGCAUUCAGAAGCACUACUGCCUUGGACUGUGGAGGCAGAGCAGAGCCAUCCUAGCUAGCAGCCUUUGACAGCCAUAUCUCCUCCACGAAUUUGCCCCAUCUUCUUUUAAAGCCAUCUAGAUUAGCAGCCGCCACUAACUCUUGUGGGAGUGAGUUCAGAAGUAUAACUAUCCACUGCGUGAAAGAGUUUCUUUUGUGCACUUACUAACCAUUGCACUUUUUGGGGUGGGGCGGGGAUUCCUCUAGUUCCCACCCACACCUUUAAAGAUUCUCACUUCUGUGAACCUCAGGGCUCCACCAAACCUUCUGAUUCUUCCCUCUUGAGCAUCAGAAUGACAUCUAAAUGGAACCUCCACAUUCAGAGGUAAACGUAAAGGGACCCCUGACCCUUAGGUCCAGUCAUGGGCAACUCUGGGGUUGCGGCACUCAUCUCGCUUUACUGGCCGAGGGAGCCGGCAUACAGCUUCUGGGUCAUGUGGCCGGCAUGACUAAGCCGCUUCUGGCGAACCAGAGCAGCGCACGGAAACGCCGUUUACCUUCCCGCCAGAGUGGUACCUAUUUAUCAACUUGCACUUUGAAGUGCUUUCGAAUUGCUAGGUUGGCAGGAGCAGGGACCAAGCAACAGGAGCUCACCCUGUCGCGGGGAUUCGAACUGCCGACCUUCUGAUCGGCAAGCCCUAGGCUCUGUGGUUUAACCCACAGCGCCACCCGCGUCUCUACAUUCAGAGGUAGCAUAGCCCUGAAUUCCAGCUGGCUGGGGAGCCCCACCCCCACCCCAGGUGAGGACUGUUGCUGUCAUUCCCUGACAGUGGAUUUCUCUGGAGGCAUCCCAAAGCCCUAUGAAUUCGCAGGCUGCUUCCUAUUUUGAAAAUGCAAGUGAGAUAGAACCUUAAAAAAAACACACACAAAAAAACAAAUGCAGCUACUCAGCUACUACAAUGGGUGUCAAAGGCUAGGCUGCUUUCUCCCUUUCAGAGAGUGCUUUGAUGCCUCUGAAGGUUACCUUGAUGAGGGUUAUUUCUGUUUUGCUCUUUUGCCGCUCCUCAGAGUUGUGGAGAACACCAUCAAUAAUUCAACACUGCUUACAUGGCAGAGAGAGAGGGGGACCAUUGCCGUUGGCAGAGCAGGGCUUAUAAUGGGAGCUGCUCAGGGCCUUGCAAAAGAACAAAGAAAGGGGUUGCUGAGCCAAAUGAAAAAGGUCACCCUUCCUGCUUUGUGUCAUUGGUGGUGGUCGGGGGCAAUGAGUACAGCAAUGCCUUCUCAGUCACAGGUGUUCCCAGGCCCUGUUUUAAGAGAGCUUAGCAGAAGAGGAACUUGGCUGCGGAAUCAGACCAAAGUCCCACCUGGGCCACAUUCACACCUGUGACUUGUUAGGAGGGCCCCUGUUCCCUUACCUGAAUUCCCAGAGUUUCCUGGAAAGAGGAGUUGAUUGUUAAACCCCUUUGGGAAUGGCAUCUCUUUGCAAUUGCAUCUCAGCAGAGCUGAGAAACAACCCACAGCACCUCCCACAGUGCUUUGGGGGAAGCCAUGACGGUUUGAAGUGGCACCACAGUGUUUUAAAUGGAAUGAUUGAUGGGUUCCUGGAGAGAGGACUUUAUUGGUCAUGCCCUCAGUGUGGACUGGCACCCACAUUGUCAUUCUUUGGGCAUCAGGGGAAGACCUUUAUAUUUCCCAGCUGUUUGGGGUUAGUCUUCUAGUACUUUCUUUGUAUGGCUUGGUGGUCUUAUUUCUUCUGCUUAUGCUGUAGUGAUUUGUUUGCUUUGUUAAUUAGGGAGGGAGGGAGGUUGAUUUUGUGAUUUGUAUUGAUCAGCACCCAGAGAAAGCUAAUUUAUUGGUUGGUAUUCAAAGUAAAGUAAAUACAGUGGUACCUCAGGUUACAGACGCUUCAGGUUACAGACUCCGCUAACCCAGAAAUAGUACCUCAGGUUAAGAACAGUUUCAGGUUAAGAACAGACCUCCGGAACAAAUUAAAUUCUUAACCUGAGGUAUCACUGUAAAUGAAAUAAAUAAGUGAAGGUAAAUGUGAGAUUCCUUCCCCUGAUCCCAGGUCCAGAAGUGAUGAAAUUGUGCAUCAGAGCGCCUGAGCGAAAGUUAUUUGGAUGUUACUUUAAGGGUUUUCCUAAAACAGUCUGAUUUGAUCCGUGGCUUCUGUAUACCCUGAACUGUGCUGAAAUGGGGACACUUGAGUACAAAUUGUGUCCGGAUCAAUUAUUCAAGAGGCUGGGGAUUUCACUGCUUGAAGCAAGUGGCAGUGGUUACAUGAGUGUGCAGAGACUGCUGGGGUUGUGAGUGCAUAUGGAACCUGGGAGCAGCAGGGAUGAAGUGAGUUUUGCACACCCACACUCACACCCUGAGUGAUCUCUUUAUGUCCUUGUUUUUCUCAGUGGUGCAAUCAGUGUUCCAAGUUUAUUUUCCAGUUUAGGUUGUCCCUGCACUUCAGAACAGAACACCCUUUUCUGCUGUUCCCCAAGACUGCUUUCAUCACUUCUUCAUACAUAAGAUAAAAAUGUAACACUGUCGUCAUGCCACAGUUUGCAUGGCCACCUGCGGGCAGCGCGUGAGCAAGCAGCGUGGGUGACAGGCAGCCCAGGCAAUCUGUCUAACAGAGGGUAAGGCAUUUCACUGCAGUCCCUCCAUUAAAUGUGGCUGCAGCAAGGUUUAAUGGAGGGGGGAGGCAUUUCAGAGAGUGGCUUGACAGGAAAGGAGCUUGGUCAGGUGCAGAGGGAGGAGGGGUCGGCCAGGUGUGAGGGAAGGGGGCUAGAGUGUGUAGGCAGGGUUAUCAAAUGGAGGAGGGAAUACAAAUACAAAUAGGUACAAAUUAAAGGUAAAGGGACCCCUGACCAUUAGGUCCAGUCAUGGCCGACUCUGGGGUUGCGGCGCUCAUCUCACUUUACUGGCCGAGGGAGCCUGCGUUUGUCUGCAGACAGUUUUUCCGGGUCAUGUGGCCAGCAUGACUAAGCCACUUCUGGCGAGCCAGAGCAGCACAUGGAAACGCCAUUUACCUUCCCGCCAGAGCGGUACCUAUUUAUCUACUUGCACUGGUAUGCUUUUGAACUGCUAGGUUGGCAGGAGCUGGACAGAGCAACGGGAGCUCACCCCAUCACGGGGAUUCGAACUACCGACCUUCUGAUCGGCAAGUCCUAGGCUCUGUGGUUUAACCCACAGCGCCACCCAUGUCCCUUUAGGUACAAAUUACAGCAACACUAAAAACUGGCAUGCCAAACAGAAGCUGCACUCCUAAACAAUUUCACAUGGUUUUAUGAUCUCACUGAAACAACUUGGAAGUCCUGGUAAAAUGAAAAAGAGGGUUCCCUGGCGUUGAGAGGUGACAAAAACCGUGCCACCAGGCAAAAUGUCCUGGGGUGCUGCUGGUAUAAGGUUAUGUUAUUGCUUGACGCAGGAUAGCAGAUGGAGCAACCUCAAGCAGAGAGUGUCCAAGGCUCGGUCAAGUGAUUCUUUGCACUCGAGGCUGUUCUCCCUUGCUUAAAAACAUAAUAAAUUAAAUGGCGCCCCCUCCGCAAACUCACUGUCCUUUAUGACACUUGAUAUCAGGUGCCCAAGGCAGUCACAUCUCUUUACCUAAUGGUAGGAUCUGUUCUGGGCAGGGUGCACCACAUCUGGAGCAUCAUCCCAGAGAAGGACUAAUUCUGGUGUUGCAGGUUUCGUGCCUCUGAUGGCAGGGGCAUCUGGAGGAGGGCCGCCACUCACACAACCCUUUGAGGUAUGCAAUCCAAACCAAGUUGGUUGUUGGAAGUAAGCACUGGUGCUUCCUAUUGCACCACCAAAUAUUUCUGGGGCUGUCUUAAGUACAGUGGUACCUCGGGGUAAGAACUUAAUUCGCUCUGGAGGUCCGUUCUUAACCUGAAACUGUUCUUAAUCUGAAGCACCACUUUAGCUAAUGGGGCCUCCUGCUGCCGCCGCGCCGCGGGAGCCCGAUUUCUGUUCUUAUCCUGAAGCAAAGUUCUUAACCUGAAGCACUACAGUGGUGCCUCGCAAGACGAGUGCCUCGCAAGACGGAAAACCCGCUAGACGAAAGGGUUUUCCGUUUUGGAGGUGCUUCGCAAAACGAAUUUCCUAUGGGCUUGCUUCGCAAGACGAAAAUGUCUUGCGAGUUCCUGCGGGGUUUUUUUCCUCCCCCCCCCUUUUUCCCAAGCCGCUAAGCCGCUUAUCAGCUGAUCCGCUAAGCCGCUUAACAGCUGAUCGCUAAGCCGCUUAUCAGCUGAUCCGAUAAGCCACUAAGCCGCUUAUCAGCUGAGCCGCUAAGCCGCUAAGCUGCUUAACAGCUGAUCGCUAAGCCGCUUAUCAGCUGAUUGGCUAAGCCGCUUAACAGCUGAUCCGUUAAGCCACUAAGCCGCUUAUCAGCUGAUCCGCUAAGCCGCUUAACAGCUGAUCCCUAAGCCGCUUAUCAGCUGAUCCGUUAAGCCGCUUAACAGCUGAUCGCUAAGCCGCUUAUCAGCUGAUCCGCUAAGCCCGCUAAGCCGCUAAUACUGUAGCGCUAAUCCGCUAAACCGCUAAUGGGCUUGCUUCGCAAGACGAAAAAACCUGCAAGACGAAGAGACUCGCGGAACGGAUUCUUUUCGUCUUGCGAGGCACCACUGUAUUUCUGGUUUAGUGGAGUCUGUAACCUGAAGCGUAUGUAACCUGAGAUACCACUGUACAGUCAUACCUCAUGUUGUGAACACUGCGGGUUACGUCUUUUCAGGUUGCGUCCCGCUGCGACCCGGAAGUACCGCACAAAAGGACAUCAUGCGCAGGAGCAGGUUGCAUUCCAUUCAGGUUGCGAACGGGGCUCCAGAAUGGAUCCCAUUCGCAACCAGAGAUACCACUGUACUGCCAAUAUGUGCUUUCAAAGCCUGUUCUGACUUGGCCACCAAGCAAAGUGUAUAAAAUAUACCAGGCUUCCCCAGCCUGGUUCCUUCCAGAUGUUUGGGACAUAGUUGCUGAAGGCAGAAAUAAUGACCCAAGUUUCUCUGCAAAAUUCAGCUCCCCAUUGCCCAGAUUCUUGUUUGGAGGUUCUAGCAGGGGAGCGCAGCUAUCGUAUACCCUUGACCGAAGAACUGUACACUCCUUCUAUCUGGGAUGGUCGUCCUCUUCCACCGAGCGCGCAGCUUCGGGAGGGACGCACAUGGAGCGGUGAGGGAGGAAGGGGACACCCGCCUAGCCAGCCAGAUCAGCCGAAUCAACCCUGGCGAUCAAUGGGGUGACAGAUGUCGCAGCCAGAUCGCCCUCACAUCCCCCAUUGCCCAGAUUCUUAAACAAAGAGCAUUUUUAAUAAGGGGGGGGACGACACAUCCCACAUCCCCUUCCCUGCACCCCCCAGUUGUACAACUUUCAUAUCAAUCUCAACAUACAACUAAAUACCUACAUUGCCCAGAUUCUGACUUUGAAGGCUGAAGAGACCUAGCCUUGUUUCACAAUUACCAAAACUGUUAUUUGCGUUCCAGUCUCAAAUACCAUCCCUUCUACUUGCCAUCUGAUGAAAGCUCUUUCCUCCUUUCCGUGGUUGGCGGGCCCUUGUUUACUCCCCUGUGUGUGUAAAACAGACUCAGCUGACGUGUCCAACUGCUGCCGCACAGCUGAGAACACCCUCUGUGAGAACCUGCAAACCUGUUGUUUAAUUUCUCAGUUCCCUGGGUUUUAAGCUCACAGCCUCUUUGCAGCCGGCUGAGGCGUUGCAAGUGGUGUUUAAACAUUGCACGCACAUUUUUAAUUCUUUGAAAAGUGGAGCGUCCAUGUCUUUUUAAAACAAAGUUGGGGUGCAACUGUUGUUUUAGUGCAGAACUGGAGGCAUGGCCCCUGCUAUAGUACAUAUGUUUCAACUUACUGUGGAGAGUCCUAGUUUUUAUUCUUGUUAAUUUGUGUGUGCACUUGAUAAAUAUCUAUAAGAUUAACAUCCACUUGACCUUCUUUGGGAUGGGGUGAGGGCGGAUACUUGUCACAAAAUUUGUAAGUGUGCAUUUGUAUGGUAGGAGUUUUUCAGAAACAAGACUCUCAUGUUCUUCCACUUCAGUUCUGUGUUUGACAUAGCAGUGCAAGAACAGCCUUGUUUGCUCCAGCGUUUACUUUUUGAGAAAAAGAAAAUAGAGAAGGCUCUACGUGCCAGAGGCUUGCAGGUGGACUACUUUGGAAAACUGAGGUUCUAUUCAGCUACUCAGACUAGUAGCCAUACGUAGACCUCAAAUCCACUUUUAGCUAAUUCCCAUAAUUCAAGCUAGCAGCAAUUUUACAGAAUUGUAGAGUUGGAAGAGACCUCCUAGAGGGUCAUGUAGUCCAAUCUCCUGCAAUGCAGGAAUCUCAACUAAAACAUCCAUGACAGAUGGCCACCUAAUGUUAAAAACGCUCAAUGAAUGAGAGCGCACCACCUUCUGAGAGAGUCCGUUUGACUGGCUGACUCUUACGGUCAGAAAGUUCUUCCUGAUGUUUGGUCGGAAUCUCCCUUCUUGUAACUUGAAGCCAUGGGUUCGAGUCCUACGCUCCAGAGCAGGAGAAAAUAAGCUGGCUCCAUCCUCCAUGUGACAACCCUUUAGAUAAUAAUAAUAAUAAUAAUAAUAAUAAUAAUAAUAAUAGAUUAUUUAUACCCCGCCCAUCUGGCUGGGCUUCCCCAGCCACUCUGGGCGGCUUCCAACAAAAUAUUAAAAUACAGUGGUACCUCGGGUUACAUACGCUUCAGGUUACAGACUCCGCUAACCCAGAAAUAGUACCUCGGGUUAAGAACUUUGCUUCAGGAUGAGAACAGAAAUCCUGCUCUGGCGGCGCGGCGGCAGCAGGAGGCGGCCCCAUUAGCUAAAGUGGUUCAUAGAAUCAUAGAAUCAUAGAGUUGGAAGAGACCACAAGGGCCAUCGAGUCCAACCCCCUGCCAAGCAGGAAACACCAUCAGAGCACUCCUGACAUAUGGUUGUCAAGCCUCUGCUUAAAGACCUCCAAAGAAGGAGACUCCACCACACUCCUUGGCAGCAAAUUCCACUGUCGAACAGCUCUUACUCUCAGGAAGUUCUUCCUAAUGUUUAGGUGGAAUCUUCUUUCUUGUAGUUUGGAUCCAUUGCUCCAUGUCCGCUUCUCUGGAGCAGCAGAAAACAACCUUUCUCCCUCCUCUAUGUGACAUCCUUUUAUAUAUUUGAACAUGGCUAUCAUAUCACCCCUUAACCUCCUCUUCUCCAGGCUAAACAUGCCCAGCUCUCUUAGCCGUUCCUCAUAAGGCAUCGUUUCCAGGCCUUUGACCAUUUUGGUUGCCCUCCUCUGGACACGUUCCAGUUUGUCAAUGUCCUUCUUGAACUGUGGUGCCCAGAACUGGACACAGUACUCCAGGUGAGGUCUGACCAGAGCAGAAUACAGUGGCACUAUUACUUCCCUUGAUCUAGAUGCUAUACUCCUAUUGAUGCAGCCCAGAAUUGCAUUGGCUUUUUAGCUGCCGCGUCACACUGUUGGCUCAUGUCAAGUUUGUGGUCAACCAAGACUCCUAGAUCCUUUUCACAUGUACUGCUCUCAAGCCAGGUGUCCCCCAUCUUGUAUUUGUGCCUCUCAUUUUUUUGCCCAAGUGCAAUACUUUACAUUUCUCCCUGUUAAAAUUCAUCUUGUUUGUUUUUGCCCAGUUCUCUAAUCUGUCAAGGUCGUUUUGAAGUGUGAUCCUGUCCUCUGGGGUGUUAGCCACCCCUCCUAAUUUGGUGUCAUCUGCAAAUUUGAUCAGGAUGCCCUUGAGUCCAUCAUCCAAGUCGUUGAUAAAGAUGUUGAAUAAGACCGGGCCCAAGACAGAACCCUGUGGCACCCCACUAGUCACUCUUCUCCAGGAUGAAGAGGAACCAUUGAUGAGCACCCUUUGGGUUAGGUCAGUCAGCCAGUUACAAAUCCACUGAGUGGUAGCAUAGUCAAGACCACAUUUUACCAGCUUCUUUACAAGAAUAUCAUUCUUCAGGUUAAUUACAGUUUCAGGUUAAGAACAGACCUCCGGAACAAAUUAAGUUCUUAACUCGAGGUACCACUGUACAGUAAUGCAUCAAACAAUAAAAGCUUGCCUAAACAGGGCUGCCUUCAGGUGUCUUCUAAAAGUCUGGUGGUUGUUGUUCUCUUUGACAUCCGGUGGGAGGGUGUUCCACAGGGCAGGUGCCACUACCGAGAAGGCCCUCUACCUGGUUCCCUGUAACUUGGCUUCUCGCAGCGAGGGAACCGCCAGAAGGCCUUCGGCGCUGGACCUCAGUGUCCGGGCAGAACGAUGGGGGUGGAGAUGCUCCUUCAGAUAUUGGAAGAUGUCUGUCAUCUUUCCUCUCAGUCUCGUCUUUUCCAGUCUUAACAUACCCAGCUCUUCAUAAGGCUUGGCUUCCAGAACCUCGGUCAUCUUGGUCGCCCUCCUCUCCCCACCUUCCAGCUUGUCAAUACCCUUCUUAAACUGGACACAGGACUCCAGGUGGGGUCUGACCAGGGCAGAAUAGAGUGGUACUAUUACAGUCAAAUAUUUUGUAACAAGUACAUGGCACAUUUCCACCCCACCUGCCUCCCAAAGCUCAGUCAGUUUCCCCUGUUUUUUGCUUGCUUCUUUCUUAGAAGGCUGACACUUUGUAAAGCUUGUUUGCUUCUUCGCUUGAAGACAGCAGUGCUAGCAAGGCUUCACCUUUGACGAUAACCUGCUGUCUGUGAGCCGGGGGACAUAGCUUGCCUGGGACAAUGGCAGGAUGGGAGGCUUGGCUCUGCCUCCUUCCCUCUUAGCUGUUGCAACCCUCAGAAGGACGUCACAGCCUCUCCCUGGCUUUCCGGACUGUGUUAAAGCUCUUAGUGUUUCUUCCUCCUGCCCUCCCUUGCUACCAGGAGUUCGGCUUGCUUGUAGCAGCCAUUAUAUAAGGCCUUCUGGAAGGCAGGCAGGCAGACAAUUUUUAGAACUGUUUUCUUUUAUUCAUUUGCAGCAGAAGGGGGAGUUUUGAUUUUCCUUAGUGUUCGUGCGGCUUGACUCCUGAGCAAGUCAUGAACUGCAACAUAACCAUUAGUUAUGAGAUUGCUAGGAGCCAUCAAUUGCCCUUUCCUCCUCUAUGAAUUCAUCUAAUCCUCUCUUAAAGCUUUCACAGUUGGUCACUAUCACUCUCUCCGAUGGGUUCCAUAGUUUAACUAUGUGCCGCACAUCGAUCCUACUGCUCCUGAGCUUGCUGUCCAGUCUGCCUGGCCAAAUUUUUGAAAGCCUCUUGACCAUGUGUCCUUGUGGGUUUUUUUUUUUCAAUUUAAUUUUUUUUUUUUUAGCAGUCUCUGCUGAAAGGUUGUGGGUUUCUUUCUUCCAGUUUGAAAAUUGACAAUAAAAUGAUUAAAAUGUGAGGCUGAUAAAAUAGUGCUCAAUGAAUUAUAAAUUAUUUGGAGGCUAUUAUAAAUGAAGGCAUGGAAGACCCAAGCUCAAAUUUGUGCUGGUUUGUAAGAUUUGUAUUGGCCAUUGGCCCAGCCAUUUAUCUCUUGGCACCCCUUUCCCAUCUGUGAAAUGGGCAUGUUUCAUGCUUGCUUCAUAGAGUUGUUGGGCUGUACUGAAGCCAAAGAGCAGUGCAAAGGAUAUCCUGUGCAACUGAAAAAGCUGCUGUGCAGCUUUGACUCAUCAAACCCCCCCCCCAACUCUGUUUUCAAAGAACUCGGCUGGAUCAGGCCAAGGCUUCAUUUAGUCCAGCAGGUAAUGUUCCUGACCAUGUUCAGAAGCAAAUUGCUUCGAACAGGAUGGCAGCUCUCCUCUCUGCACGGGUGCUGCUUGGUCCUUUACCUAUUGGAAGAUUCAGAACAGAUAAAAGAAAGUCCUUUGUGGAACUCAGUGCCACAGGAGGCAGUAAUGGCUGCCAACUUAAAGGUAAAGGUAAAGGGACCCCUGACCAUUAGGUCCAGUCGUGGCCGACUCUGGGGUUGUGGCGUUCAUCUCGCUUUAUUGGCCGAGGGAGCCAGCGUACAGCUUCCGGGUCAUGUGGCCAGCAGGACUAAGCCGCUUCUGGCGAAGCAGAGCAGCGCACGGAAACACCGUUUACCUUCCCGCCGGAGCGGUACCUAUUUAUCUAUUUGACGUGCUUUUGAACUGCUAGGUUGGCAGGAGCAGGGACUGAGCAAUGGGAGCUCACCCCAUCGUGGGGAUUCGAACCGCUGACCUUCUGAUCGGCAAGCCCUAGGCUUUGUGGCUUAACCCACAACUCCACCCACGUCCCUUCUAGGUCCUUAGGGGUGCACAAAUAGGGGUGCUAGGUCCUUAGGGGUGCACAAAUCCGCAUAGAGGAAUUUGUGUGUGUGUGGGUGCCACUGGGCAAAUGAAGAUGAAGGGUGACUGAUGCUUUGCAAGGUGCCUCCCACACCACCUCUGCUCUGAGAAGAAGGAGGAAGAGGAGGAGGCAGUGCUGGAGAUUUGAAACUCAGAGGCCUGGAUAUACUCCUAAUGUUCUGUUCCCCUGUAUGCCCACGUCUCCAAAAGAAAACCAGGAUUCACAGUUGUUCCUCUCUUCUAUUAUCUCUACAACAACUUUAUAUGGUAGAUGAGGCUGAGGGAUAGUGACUGGCCUAGAUUACCCAGUGAGCUUCAUGGUUGGAACUGGGUUUUGAACCUGGGUCCCCUUGCCUCUGUUUGAGCUUUUGGGACUGGUGUAGGCCACACAUCCCUCCUUACCAAUUCCUGCUCUGCACCUUCCUUGAGUGCUUUUGGCCGACCAGAAUGUGUCCUUAACCAGGUCAACCUAAUCCUCUCGCUUGCUAGGAUAGAGGAGUGGGUUGCGUGCAUUUGUAUGUGCACACAUAUAUACACUCACACAUACAUGCACAGAAACCUCUGCCUUAGCCGAAAGUAAGAUUAGCAACCUUUGCUCAGCCAACUCUUGCCUCUGGCAAGCCUCUCCCAGUAGACUGUCCAUGAGGAAAUGUGACCUUCAGGAUGAAAAAGUUUCCCUUUUUCCUGUUCUUACCCCCAUGCUGAGAGUCAGUGUGACAUGUUUGCAGGUGGGCUGCCUCUGAGUGUGGAGGCUUUGCUUAUUUCAAUUUUGCCUUCUAUGGAACUCAAGGCAGUUUUUGUGGGGUUCCAAGCUGGUCCUAGACUAGACCCUCAGAUCUGCCUGGCAUCUUGUGUCACCCCUCUGUGCCAGGCAGGCUCUGAUUCCAUUACAGCAAACAUGACUAAAGGCACCUGAUGGAAACAAUUCUUGGCAAAUGUGUCUAAUUCUUUUCCGAGGAUGUGCAGAGCAGUUCAUGUUUACGAAAACCUCAGGUGCUGGUAAAUGAGGCCAGCCUUCCUUCCCACCCGCUGCCCUUCUAGAAAUUUCCAGCACUAUUAACCACCAACAAAUGGGAGUUUAAUUGCAUCGUAAGUAGCAGUUGCAACCGGAGACUGUAAAUGGCAGCUGAUAACCUUAUUGGAGCUUUAAUUAGAUUGAGAAGUAUCUCUCUUGCUGCUUAAUCCUUAUUGGAAGGAGGGAGAGGGAGCCAAAGCAGAACUGCGCCAAAACCUUCCAGAGGGCAAAGCAGCGGCAUGAUAGGUUUGUUGUUAGCAGGAAGCUGGCGACAGCUGAAGGGUUCUGAGAGCUUUACUUGGAGAAUCCCCUCUGUCUGGAGGAAGGGUGUGAGGAUUCUCUCCUGUUAACCUAAGAUGAGCUUGCUGGAUCAGGCCAAGGGGGACCCACCUAGUCCAGCAUCCUGUACUCAAAGUGGCCAACCAGGUGUCGCAAUGGGAAGCUCAGAAGCAGGACCUCAAGCACAGCAGCAACUUUCUCCUUCUGCGGUUUCCAGCACAGAAACCAGCACUUCUUUGGUGCUCUGGCUGGCCAGCUUCCUGGCCCUGAAGGCUUCUCAACAAGGGGUUUGCUGCUGUUACUCUUUAAUAGCAGUAUUAAAGGAGAGAGGCCACCAUUAUAAAAUCAAAUUUUACACAGGGCAGGAAAGGCAGUCACUUAUCACAUUAUUCAGCUGUACACUUUAAUUUUAAAAUAAUGCUUUAAAACAGCUAGGAGAUGUGUGAAAUGGGUGUCCAGGGUGUGUGUGUGUGUAUACAGCUAGAGGAGCUACCUGCCCACCCCAUUGGAAACUUCAUCUCUCUGCCACCAGCAUUAUGCCAGCCCAGCACCUAAGCCAACAAGAGCAAUUGUUGGGUUUCCCUUGCAAAACCUUUCUCUCUCACUCCUCUGCCAACCUUCCAGCCCUGUGGACAGGCAGCCAAUGGUCGUGAGAUCUAGCUCAAAGUCACCACCAUGUGCAGCCAGGUUGUUUCUGCGGUGGAUGGAAACUGCUCCUGUGUCGUUGCCUCCCCCCCCCCCCCCCGCAUUACCACAUUGUGACUUUUUUUAAUUAAAAAAUAUAGUAACCUGAGGCAACACCAUCACAUCACAUUCUCCCUCUGCUGGCAGGCUGGGCAUGGGUUGUUUGCUUUUCAGGUGGGGGGAGUUUCAGUCUACACACACACACACACACACACGCGCACACACACACGCCCAUUUAAGCAAACAGUUCCUGGAAGGGAGCAGGAUGUCAGGGCAGGCUGCCGCGUCCUGUGAGUUGCACCUUCUCCUGGAAGACUCUGGAGCAUUUUUAGGCUGUGUGGCAAGUGACUGUGUGUAAGGAUGGCAGAUCCCAUCAGUCUUGGUUGCUGUCACUUUUUCAUUUUUCCAGUCUUAAGUCUCCCCCCACCCACCCCCCCAAAAAUCUGCAUUGUUUGCUUUUUUUAAAGUUACACACACACACACACACACACACAAAUCGCAUGCUAUUUCCCUCCAAUAUACACAGGGUAAGUUGAUUUUGAAUAGGCCAGUUGUACAAAGCUCUACAUUCUAGUUGGGGAAAGAGGAAUGGGAAUCCACGCAGGGCAGGGGAGUGGUAAGUCCUCCACUUAGGCGAACCCAAAUCCCCAUAUUCCCAGCUUUCAUUUUUUGAAAAAUAUACAUACAGUCAUACCUCAGGAUAAAUACGCUUCAGGUUGAGUGCUUUCGGGUUGCGCUCCGCGGCGACCUGGAAGUAAUGGAGUGUGUUACUUCUUGGUUUUUCCGCUCGCACAUGCGCAGACAGUCAAAAUGACAUCGCGCACAUGCGCAGAAGCGGCAAACACGACCCGUGCAUGUGCAGGCACUCUGUUGCGUCUUACGUUCUGUUCGGGAUGCGAACGGGGCUCUGGAACAAAUCCCAUUUGCAUCCCAAGGUACCACUGUAUCUAUAGAUCUGUAGAAUCUGAGAUAUGGGGUGAAAUGUACUGGUGGUAUUAAUAUUUUUCUUCUGAGAAAUUAUCCUGCUCCCCACAGCCUUUUCAGUGCUUUGUUUUGCUCUUGGGGAAAAUUUGCAGACAUCCAUGGUGCGUGUGUGUGAGAGAUAGAGACUUAUAAUACAAGGCAGGGUGUGCAGGAAGUGGGUUUGGUCGUCGUCGCGCCCCCCCCCCCCCCGCAGUACUAGAACUUAGGAGGCCGGUGUCUGCCAAAAAGUGGGUGGUAGAUUCAGGCCAAAUAAAGGAAUGCAACAUUUAUUUCACUGCCACGGUGUUGCAUUAAUUUAUGCAACAACGGGAUGGCCACUAACUAGGGCGGUUUUUUUAAAUGGAGUCUCCAUGGAGUUCAGUCCAGGGCUGUUGGUGAUGUUGUCCCUGUUUAGCAGUGAUAUGUAGCUGGGUUGCAUCUGCUGGGGGAGUGGGAGGGCUGGAGCCCCUGUGGCCUCUGUUUGGCUUAGCUUAGGGUUACCAGAUGUCCCCAUUUCCCAGGGACAGUCCCCGGAUUUGCAAAUAAGUCCCUGGACAAAUUCCAUCCCCGGAAUGUCCCCAGAUUUCAUCUAAUGUCCCCGGGAAACGCAGCAGUGGCAGUCUCAGCAGCCCAGAGCAGUUGGGUCUUGCUGGCUUCAGGAGCUGCUCGGAAGUCACCAUAUGAUGGUGGAGCAGGGGGCAGCUUCCGGGCUGCCUCCACCUUCCCUGACCCCAGCAACUAAGCUGUAAAGGGAGGCUUCAUGCUGCCUAUUGGAGCAGCCCUGAUCCCAACUCCUACUUGCAUGCAAGCGGGGGAAGGGGAAGGGAUCUCUCAGUUAGGCAACGGGAAGCCUCCCUUCCCAGCUGAGGGAUCCCCGCCCCCUCCUGCCUGCACGCAAGUAGGAAUGGGAUUGGGGCUGCUCCGAUGGGAAGGGAGGCAUUGCUCUGCCCAAGCCUUGCCGCCGCUGCCACUCUCGGCCCUCCUCCUCUGCCUUCCAUGCCUGACCCAUCAUGCACCACUUCCCCACCACCACCACCGAAGAACCAACAACUCAGGAUUCAUUGGAAAAAAUCUGGUAACCAUAGCUCCACUACAGGUGAAACUCGAAAAAUUAGAAUAUUGUGGAAAAGUUCAAUUAUUUCAGUAAUUCAACUUAAAAGGUGAAACUAAUAUAUGAGAUGGACUCAUGACAUGCAAAGCGAGAUGUGCUUCUACUUCUCAGAGGUCCAAUCUUGCUCGAUUUGCAAUCCUUGUUUUGCUGAUUUCCUUGAAUAUUCUAAUUUUCUGAGAUUGUUAAUUUGGGGUUUUCAUAAGCUGUACGUCAUGAUCAUUGCAAUGAUAACAAAUAAAGGCUUGACAUAUCUCACUUUGCAUGUCCUGAGUCUAUCUCGUAUAUUAGUUUCACCUUUCAAGUUGAAUUAGUGAAAUAAAGGAACUUUUCCACAAUAUUCUAAUUUUUUGAGUUUCACCUGUAGGUCAUGGUGGUGCUUUUGUCUCAUCUAGCAGUGGCAUUGGGAGUGACAACUUUGUGCAAAAUGCAUACAGAUUACUAAUGGGUUCUCUCUCUCACACACAGAGUCUUGUCCUCGAAGUCUGGAAUGUGCUUUGCUGCGGCGUGAGUUCUGCCUCCCCGGAUCGUAUUCCUGUGGCCCGUGUCUCUCUCAGUUCAUCGAGGAUGAAGACGGCCAAUGCAUCCCAAAGGCACGGGCGGCCAGCGGUAGGUAGGGUUGGGUGCAGAAAGCCUCAGCCAGAACAAUAUUCCCAGUUCUCUUUCCGCAGCUCCAACCCAGUAAAGCUGUUUCUGGACGAUCCAUGCCAGAAUCAGAAGUCUAGUAUUCAUGUUGCCCUCUUGUUGUUGUUGUUUAGUCAUGUCCUACUCUUUGUGACCCCAUGGACCAGAGCAUGCCGGGCCCUCCUGUCUUCCACUGCCUCCCGCAGUUUGGUCAAACUCAUGCUGGUAGCUUCGAGAACACUGUCCAACCAUCUCGUCCUCUGUCGCCCCCUUCUCCUUGAGCCCUCCAUCUUUCCCAGCAUCAGGGUCUUUUCCAGGGAGUCUUCUCUUCUCAUGAGGUGGCCAAAGGACUGGAGCCUCAGCUUCACGAUCUGUCCUUCCAGUGAGCACUCAGGGCUGAUUUCCUUCAGAAUGGAUAGGUUUGAUCUUCUUGCAGUCCAUGGGACUCUCAAGAGUCUCCUCCAGCACCAUAAUUCAAAAGCAUCAAUUCUUCGGCGAUCAGCCUUCUUUAUGGCCCAGCUCUCACUUCCAUACAUCACUACUGGGAAAACCAUGGCUUGAACUAUACGGACCUUUGUUGGCAAGGUGAUGUCUCUGCUGUCUAGGUUUGUCAUUGCUUUUCUCCCAAGAAGCAGGCGUCUUUUAAUUUUGUGACUGCUGUCACCAUCUGCAGUGAUCAUGGAGCCAAAGAAUGUAAAAUCUCUCACUGCCUCCAUUUCUUCCCCUUCUAUUUGCCAGGAGGUGAUGGGCCCAGUGGCCAUGAUCCUGCCCUCUACUGUUUCAUUUUCUGUUUGGAGGAGAGGCCCCCAUCCUCUGCUGCCACACUGUCCUGCAUAGUAUUUCCUCAGAGCUGCAUUCCCUUGGGAGACUUGUAGGCAGCUUCCAUGCUUUGGUGUGGAAGGUGAAAGCCGUUAAACCCAGAUUAAACAUUUGAGUGUUAAAAAGGAGUUGUUGUUUUGUGAACACAAAUAAAACAAUUGCAACUCAUGACAACAUAAAACCAGGAUUCCUGCAGCAUGAAGAAACUUGCUGAAACUUUCCUACUAGAAAAUUUAUGGGGAGGAGGUCCAAAUCCUUGCAGUAACACAUUUGUUGCAUCAGUAUUUGACCGGCUUCUUAUUCCUUUGGACCUCAUCAGCUCCAGUGGUAGGGCACACAUCUAGAUAGGCCCUCCCAGGGAGAGCAGAAAGCGUUAAUUUUCUCAGGGCUCCCCCCCCCAGUUUUGUAACUCAGUGGUUCAUGUUAAGCAAUAGCGCCAUCUCUAGGCAGCUGAUGAUGAUAACUAAAAAAAGGUCUUCAGUGCACUUUGGUGUUAUUCAUUCUAGCCUAAUGCAAAAGCUGGUUUUGGAAGUGUAAGGCGUACUUAGUUUGAAGAUCUUGCCACCUGUUGUACAAGGAACCUAUUUGUCCCAGGUGAAUGUACUGGACCUAUGUGGGUACAGUUGUCUUCCAUCUACCCACCUUUUGAAAAGUGAGGAACGGGGUUGGAAAGGAAUGCAGUUUGUACACUGUGGUCUUCAAUCUCCUGCCUGAAACAUGACUUCAUGCAAACUGAUGAUUCUUAGCGACAGAUGGGAGCUUACAUAAGAGCUUGGUUGUUAACGGAUUGGUGUUCGGACUGCAUUUCAGUUAUCCGGGGAGAUUAUGUACUGCAAGUAGCACAUCCUUUUCCCUUUAAAAUGCUGGAGAUUUGGGGCUUCUCUGUCCCUGCGCUGUUUGUAAUUUCCUUUAACACUCAUGCAGUGGGUUAACUUCUAAUGGAGUCUCAAGAGAAACAGCUUGCCCUAGACAGCUCAUUCCCCCUUAUUCAUCACACAGAUGAAUAACAAGCUGCAUUAUCUGAAGGUGGACCCACAUUUAAGUCCCAAAUGCUUUCGGAGAAUGCCUGAGGCGCACCUCUUUACCCUGACUUUUAAUACACGAGGGGCAUGGUUUUAGGCCUCACCUUGUUUUUAUGGUUGUAAGUUGUUUUAUAUAUUUUUAAUAUUGAUUUCAAUGCUGCAACACAUAGGUGAAGGGCAGAUAAUAAAUGAACUAACAAUAAUAGCAAGAACACCACCACAAGUGCACGAGGAGGAGGUUGCAGUUUGCAGAAGUCUAAAAAACAUUUAAGGGGUGGGAACAUAACACAUAUUCACAAAACAGCCUAGUGGUUGACUGGGGAAGAGAGAUGGAACAGAGCAGGCUCUUCAGAAGUGGUGGUCCAUGGAUCAGUGCUGGGCCAGAAUAAUAAUUAUAUAUAUAUGUGUGUGUGUGUGUGUGUGUAUAUAUAUAUAUAUAUAUAUAUAUAUAUAUAUAUAUCCCGCCCUCCCUAGCCGAAACUGGGCUCAGAGUGGCCAGCAACAAUAAAAGCAACACAGUUCACAUAAAAUCACAAUCAAUCAAUUGAAAUGCAUUCUAAAAUCAAUUCAAUCUAAAAUCAAUUCAAAAUCAAAUUAAUGGCAACCAUUGGGCUACAGUUCUGUGAGGAUUACCGAAGGAGGGGGUCAGACUGUGCCUUGGCCAAAGGCCUGGUGGAACAGCUCUGUCUUGCAGGCCCUGCGGAAAGAUGUCAAGUCUGCAGGGCCCUGGUCUCUUGUGACAGAGCGUUCCACCAGAUCGGAGCCACAGCCGAAAAAGCCCUGGCUCUGGUUGAGGCCAGCCUAACGUCCCUGUGGCCCGGGAUCUCCAAUAUGUUUUUAUUUGAGGACCGUAAGGUCCUCUGCAGGACAUACCGGAAAGGCAGUCCCGUAGGUACGAGAUCAGCUGCUGGUCUGCAGGGAUUCCACUACAGCCAAGGUUGAGUGGGACACUUCAGAUUUGGCCCUCCUUGCAUGAUUUCACAUGCCUGGAGGUUUUGUCUCAGCAAACCUUACCAGGGCGCACCAUCUAGCUGGCCACACUUAUUUUUUAAAUGUAGCUGAUCUUAUUUGUGUACUACCAGUGAUUGUUUUAUACUGUGCUUAUGUACACUGCUAAAAGAUUUUUUUUAUUUUUUAUUUUUUGGUGAAACUGUUUAUGGACGCUUCCAAGCAAAUAAAUCUUAACAUGAGAUCCUGGUGAUGUUUUGAUGGAAGCUGCCUCAAGGGUUGAGAAUGUGAACCGAGCAAGGGCUGGGUUGGCUGGCGAGUCUGUUUCUACUGGUUGUUCAGAGCAGAGAGGCCUGUUAACUCUGCUAGCCCUAGAGGUGCAGGCAGAGAGAGAGAGAGAGAGAGAGAGAGAGAGAGAGAGAGCAGGUCUCCUCAGUUGUGUGUGUUCUGUGCUAUGUGCUUGCAUUAUUAAAGACACUUUUUCAUGUCCCAAGCAAUAAAAAGCUGGGAAAGCUUGCCAGUCAUUAAAUAUUCACAGAGUUCUAAAAAUAGUAACACAGGGACUACAUGGGACACAAGGUGUACCCUGGUUAGUGGACACGCCCCCACCCCCGCAAAGGGAUGCUGGUAUCCCGAAUUUUGGGUUCUUGAGUGUGGGAAAGAAAAGUCUGCUGCAGGCCAGUAGCCCAUCUAGACCAAUAUACUGUUCUCACUGUAUCUAUCUAUAUCUAUAUCUAUAUAUCUAUAUAGAUAUAGAUAUAAAGAUUUUUAUUAGUUUUUUAACAUAUCAUUUUCAACAAUAAUUAAACAUACUUUUGCAUCUUAUUUAAUUUUUUUUGUCCUGUCUGAAAAUUUUCCAAUCUAAUCUCUUAGUAUGCAUUUCUUAUUUUCCCUAUUACAUUUCAAAAUCAUAACCAAUAUAUCUUUUUCUUCUUCGUAACACUUCGUAUAUUUCUGCUUACAAAACCUCUUGUAGUCCUACUAGCGCAAUUUGUUGAUUACAGUUGCUCUUCAAAUAAUUCAUAUACUUCUUCCAAUCUUCUGUGAAUCUCUGGUCCCGCAGGUUUCGAAUCCUUACUGUCAUUUUGUCCAAUUCUGCAUAGUCCAUUCAUUUCGUCUGCCAUUCUUCUUUUGUCUGAAUUUCUUCUUGCUUCCAUUUCUGGGCUAACAAUACUCUUGCCUCUGUUGUUGCAUAUAAGAACCUGUUCUCAUUGUAUCCAAUCAGAUCCUGUUAUGGGAAACUUGUAAGCAGGAUUUGAGCAGAAGACCCCUUUCCUCUCCCUUGGCUUCCAACAACUGAUCUUCAGAAGCAUCACUGCCUCAUACUUUGGCAGCUGAGCAGAGCUGUUAUGGCUACAAACCAUCAAUGACCCUCUCCUGCAUGAAUCUGUCCUUUACUUUUUUAAAGCUAUCUAAUUUGGCGGUUCGAAUCCCCGCGAUGGGGUGAGCUCCCGUUGCUCAGUCCCUGCUCCUCCCAACCUAGCAGUUCGAAAGCACGUCAAAGUGCAAGUAGAUAAAUAGGUACCACUCCGGUGGGAAGGUAAAUGGCGUUUCCGUGCGCUGCUCUGGUUCGCCAGAAGCGGCUUAGUCAUGCUGGCCACAUGACCCGGAAGCUGUACGCCAGCUCCCUCGGCCAAUAAAGCGAGAUGAGCGCCGCAACCCCAGAGUCGGCCACGACUGGACCUAAUGGCCAGGGGUCCCUUUACCUUUACCUUUAAGUUGGCAGCCAUUACUGCCUCCUGUGGCACUGAGUUCCACAAAGGACUUUCUUUUAUCUGUUCUGAAUCUUCCAAUAUUCAGCUUCCACAAAUUCUAGUGUUACAAGAGAGGGAGAGACACUUUUCUCUAUCCACUUCACUUCACUUCACUUCACUUCUAUCCAACUCAAUUCAUUUCAACCAACUCCCAGAAAAUAGCUGGUCAGCUGCUGGCGGACAAUAGAGCAUAAACUGCCCAUUGGCCUGCUAUUUACCUGAACCUGUAAAACUCAGUCUCAAACUUUUCCGUUCCAGCUGGCAGUGGGAGGGAAGGGAUCUCCAGAAAUCAAGACUUAAGUGUUGAGGACAGUAUUGCCCAUAGCUGUCAACUUACAGAUUUGAAAAUAAGGGACCAGCAGCCUCGAAAAUAAGGGAUCAGCAGCCAAAAUAAGGGAUUUUCCCGGCACAGGUAUAUUCAACUUCUGAGCCCCUCCGAGCCAAAGGCAGAAAGCCCAGCCAGCAGUCGAACGAAGCCUCAAGCGGUGGUUCCCACAGUGCAGCAACCCGGCAAAGGGGAUGCAGCAAGGAAAACCACUGUCACCUCUCCGCUGGGAAGCGCUGAGCAAAGGCGAGUCCCCAGGCAACGCGGCUGAUUUGAUCGGCACAAGGCUUGCAAGCUCCACCCCCCAGUUGUUCUUAGACUCCUUAUUGGUUGAGCAACGCAGGCAAGCAACACAGUUGGAGCCUCUCUCCUCCCUGGCCUUUGAAACCCGGGAAAUUUAAGGGACAUCAUCAAUAAGGGACAGCAGCAGGACACGGUGCUGGGAUAAGGGAGUUUCCCGCCAAAUAAGGGACAGUUGACAGCUAUGGUAUUGCCUGCUUCAUGAGUGAAACUGAUAAAAUAAAGAGAGCCUUGCAGGCAAACACUUGAUAUCUAGGGAAAAGUGAUGCAGGGGCCAACAUCUAAGAUGUUGGGUUGGUGGUGAGGGAAAUGCAAGCUACAACUUCUCAGUCAUGUUUUGAAUCAGGACUUCAUGUCAGUCUGGGCUGGGAGAUAUUGGUGGCCCUACAGGUGCUAUUGACCAGUAGUCUGAGAUGAUGGGAGUUCAGCAGCAUUUGGAGAGCUACAGGUUCCCCAUCCCUGAUGAAAGGAUUAAGAACUAAUGCCAUGUAGUAGAUUUUUCUUUUCUUUCCUUUUUUUUUUUGUAAUCUGCUUUGUAAUAAAACCUAAACCGGGAAGUAUUUAAAUUUUGUUAAAUAAAAUAAAGAUUGAACAAUAAGAGACAGGAUAAACUGAACCUAUUUAUGUCACUUGGAACUUUGUGGUUACUGAUUUAUUGCGUUUUAUUCUGGUAUGUAAAUUUGUUCCUUUAUGUUUGGUUCUAGAUAUUCUCUUCAACCUUUGCUUUAUUUUAUUUGUCAUCCGUUUUUGUAUUUUAUGUUUUAUUAUGAUAAAAAUAUAUGAGAAAAGCAAUCGCAAAAUAAAAUAGAUUGAGUAUGAAGUUACAAGUCCCCAGUUCAAAUCUUACCAAGUUGCUUUUGGCAAGUCUUCAUUCUCCCUCUCUAUCUCUCAUCCUCUCCACCAGGAAUAAUAUUAGUGGCCUACCUGCAAGGUGGCUAUAAUACAUGUCAAAUUCUUGGCAGAAGUCUACAGACAGCGUGGCAGCUUUCCCCCCAAUCUGAUGCCACCGCUGUGCUGGUUGGGCUGAUGCGAAUGAUAGUCCAAAAUAUCUGGAGGGCAGAUUGAAGGAAUCAUAGAAUUGUAGAGGUAAAAGGAAUGCCAGGGGUCAUCUACUCUAACCCCCUGCAAUGCAGGAAUCUCAACACAUGGUCCAUCUAAUCUGAAACUACCAGACCCUGCUUAGCUUUGAAAAUGUGGUAGCAGUUUUAUUGCUCUACUACUAGGAGUAGGCUGGCAUAUAUAGGCUUUUCUCAUCUACACCAUUAAAGGUAAAGGGACCCCUAACCAUUAGGUCCAGUCGUGAGGGACUCUGGGGUUGAGGCUCUCAUCUCGCUUUACUGGCCGAGGGAGCCGGCGUACAGCUUCUGGGUCAUGUGGCCAGCAUGACUAAGCCGCUUCUGGUGAACCAGAGCAGUGCACGGAAACGCCGUUUACCUUCCCACCGGAGCGGUACCUAUUUAUCUACUUGCACUUUGAGGUGCUUUCGAACUGCUAGGUUGGCAGGAGCAGAGACUGAGCAACGGGAGCUCACCCUGUCGUGGGGAUUCGAACUGCUGACCUUCUGAUCGGCAAGUCCUAGGCUCUGUGGUUUAACCCACAGCGCCACCCGCAUCCCAUCUACACUAUUAGGGUGGUGUUUUUUGUUAAAGAAAACUGCUGGGAAUGUGAUGCCAAAGCCAGCUGGCUGCGCAUGGUCUCCUUGACCCUCCCUCCACCAUGCCAGCCCCCUCCCACACCCUGCGCACAAGAAACCCUGGCAAUCAUUCACUCUGAUCUGAGGACGCUUAGCUCCUCCGGCGAACAUCAUAAUUGCCUCUCAGGGAACUGCAUCUAACUGAAUUUGAAGAAGUGACCAGGAGGGGAGCAAGCGAGAGAGAGAGAUCUACAAUUCCAUCCUUUCAAAGAAGCCUGGCUUUAUAUAAUUCCUAGCAACAUAGGAGACAACUCCCUAGGGGCUGAGGGGUCUUUGGCCCCCAUAAAACAUUUGAGGGGGCCAUGGGCCCCCAAAGUUGACGGGCAUUGCCAUUGAAAUGGUGUGUGUGCACUGCUUCAUGUGAUCAAUUAUGCAGGGCAGAGCUUACCUGCCCUCCCCUCCCCCAUAUUUUACUCAAGUUGUCCCCCCCUGCCUGGCAGAGUGUGUCCAGUGUUGCCCUGGAUUUUUUAGAAACUGAAAAAUAUUGUAUUUUUAAAAAUGGAUAGGGUAAUUUGUGAGUUUGGACCCAUCAUGGGAAAAAUUGGGUGAAGUCACGCCAGUCCGCCAUCUUGGUUUGGAAUUAUGUCCUAACAUCAAUGAAGACUCCCACCUUAAUGAUCUUAUUGAGUGGUGAUCGAACCUAUGCCAAAAAAAUACCAGGUGAAGUAACACACACAACUUUGCCUGUGACUCUGCAAUGGAUAUUUAAUCAUAUUCACAUUUAGAUGUGCCACUGUCUUCCAGCAGCAAGAUGACUAGACUUCAGUAUGGGGGAAAGUCCAGUUCACAUCCCCAAACCUCUGCCCCCAGCCUACCUCACAGGGUUGUUGCGAGGGUGAAAUGCCACUAGCUGGGGGGGGGGGGGAGAACAGGAUGCAAACAUGUCAGCCACAAGUCCAACAGCUGUUCGAUUAGGGAAGAAACACAGCCAAUCUUACUUUUAGCCUAUUGUUGAUUUUAUAAAUAAAUUUUAAUUAAUUUUUACACAUACUUUCCAGCAUAAUAUCCUUUUAAACAUCAUUUCGAAAUUUUUGGCUAUCACAGCCUGAGACUUCCUUUAACCUUGACUGAUGGUUUUCUAAAGUCUUUCUAAUUAUGCAUUUUGUUACUGCUGUAGUUAUUGCUAUAAACUCAAAUUCCCAGUACAUCUAUUCUUAAUUCUCUUCACAAUAAUUUAUAAAUUGCUCCUUUUAGUGUUUGUAUGUAGAAAGAAGGCCUUUCAAAGGCCAGCAGGAAUAAGCGGGAUUGUCAGACAUGCCAAGAUGUUAAAAGCCCCAGUUCCUUCAGUCUCAAGACUCUGAUUAAGGUGUAUUAAGGUGCUCCUCCACCUGCAGCUGCUGGGUGACCUUGGGCCAGUCACACUUAAGGUGUAAGGUGAUUAAGGUGCUCCUCCACCUGCAGCUGCUGGGUGACCUUGGGCCAGUAACACUUCUGUGAAGUCUCUCUAACCCACUCACCUCACAGUGUGUUUGUUGUGGGGGAGGAAGGGAAAGGAGAAUGUUAGCCACUUUGAGACUCCUGAAGGGGAGUGAAAGGCGGGAUAUCAAAUCCAAACUCUUCCUCUUCUUCUUACGAAACUUCUUUCAACCCUACAAGGGAUGUCAAGCUUAUUGUUGGUUUUAAAUAUUAUUUUUGAAGGUUUUGCAUCUUUUAAAACUAUUUUUACUGGUAAUUAUCGGUAAACCAUUGUGAGGGUUUAUUUUAAGCAGUUGUUUGGUCUAUAAAUUUAUGAAAUAAUCUGUUGAUAACUUUUCUUUGGAUUUGUUGUCCCCCCCCCCCCCCAAAUACCUUCUGUCUUCCUUCUUAGGGCGAGCCAGUGUUCCCAACCUAGAGGAAGAAGUUGAUUUAGUGGCGGAUGCGCUGUCCAAACAGAAUAAUGCUCUCCAGGAUGGUAAGUCUCUUCUGCAGACCAGUUUCCACUCUACACAUCUUGGAUGAAAGAUUAGGGUUGAUACUUUCUUUCUUCUCACAUAGGGCGAGACCGUCCAGGGGUGCGUGUGGGUUGUCCUUCUGUAUGAAUUAAUUUGUAAAGAAAUAUACAAUAAUAAGAGUACAGGUGAAACUCGAAAAAUUAGAAAAUCAUGGAAAAGUUCAUUUAUUUCAGGAAUUCAACUUGAAAGGUGAAACUAAUAUAUGAGAUCAACUCAGGACAUGCAAAGCGAGAUGUGCUUCUACUUCUCAGAGGUCCAAUCUUGCUCUAUUUGCAAUCCUUGUUUUGCUGAUUUUAUUGAAUAUUCUCAUUUUCUGAUAUUGUUAAUUUGGUGUUUUCAUCAGCUGUACGCCAUAAUCAUCACAAUUAUAACAAAUAAAGGCUUGACAUAUCUCGCUUUGCAUGUCACGAGUCUAUCUCAUAUAUGAGUUUCACCUUUCAAGUUGAAUGACUGAAAUAAAUGAACUUUUCCACGAUAUUCUAAUUUUUUGAGUUUCACCUGUAGAAUCACGGCUUGACAUAUCUCGCUUUGCAUGUCAUGAGUCGAUCUCAUAUAUUAGUUUCACCUUUUAAGUUGAAUUAGUGAAAUAAAGGAACUUUUCCACAAUAUUCAAAUUUUUCGAGUUUCACCUGUACAUUCAUUGGUAAAAAAGGAAUAUAGAACGGGAUAGACAGGAAGUCCAAAGUGUUUGUAGAUAUAUGAUUUUGGAAUAGUUUUUUGUCCUUGUUUCUUUUAUUUAGGUAUACAAACUUUGUAUAUAAACUUUGUAUACAUGCUGAAAAUUAUAUUAUAAUAAGCCUUGUGAUGUAAUAUGAAAAUGUUUGCCGAUGUAACAUAAGAACGUUAAUAAAUAAAUAAAACUCAAAAAAAAGAAGAAAAGAAAAUCUUUCGCCCUCACCCCAACCUUUGUGGACAUGUUAUUGCCUUACACAGAAACCCCAGCCCCCACAGGCAAGCACCCCAGGAUCGGUGCGUCGAAGUCAGUGUCCUCGCCAAAGGGACAGGCAAGACGCCCUCCUGCAACACCUUCCCUUCGCACAGAAGCAGUCAAAAGUACUCCAGUGAAAACCUCACUCUCGUCAAAUGACGCUCUCAUACUGGGUAAGCGGUUCAGCAAGGCAACUGGGUGUUCCAUAUAUGGCAGAGUAUAAUAUAACAAUGGAAGACUAUAUCAAUCCAAAUUUCAAACGCACAGCAGUGAGGCAAAUAGUUGUUUCCACUUGGGGGGGAGGGCUCCCCCUCCCACCACAGAGUUUUGGACCCAAUCCGUGUGGAACUUAGGGAGCACUUCCAGAGUGCUUGGCUCACCACCGGAGGUGGAUAAGAGGAAUAAUAAAGAAAGAUGGGUUUGACUUGGUAGGGUCUCAGUUUAUAUCCUUUAUUAACAAUAGGAGAGCCUCUUCCACCUCAGUCGCAGAAGCUACUAUGGAGACAUUAUCUUAACUCUUGAGAUUGAAGCCAUACCCUGUAGAUGCGAGCUGAACCUAAAACGUAAAAGAUUUUCCAAGUUUGUUUUGAUGCCAUGUUGGUGACUACGUAUAAAACUUAACAGCUGGACAUGCAUUUGUCUUGGAAGACAGCACUUUGUUUGUUUGGUUGUUUGUUUUAAUUGUAAUAAAGUUUGUAAAGAAAAAUGUUUAAUAAUAAUAAUAAUAAUGUUGCUUUUAAUCGGUAUACAGUAAAGUUGAAAAGACACAAUGAAGAUAAAUCAAUUUAAACUCAACCACAGAGUUACCAAACUUUCUUAAAUUGUCUGCUGAGGUGGAAAGGGCAUCUCCAGCUGCCAGAAGUCUAAUAGGGAGGAGACUCCUCUGAUAAUAAUAAUAAUAAUUUUUUAUUUCUAUCCCGCCCUCCCCAGCCGAAGCCGGGCUCAGCGCGGCUAACAACAAUAAAAGUAACACAGCAUUCUAAAAUCAAUUCAUUCUAAAUCAAUUCAGAAUCAAAUUAAUGGCAACCAUUGGGCUAGAGUUCUAUGAGGAUUACAGAAGGAGAGAGGAGGUCAGACUGUGCCCUGGCCAAAGGCCUGGUGGAACAGCUCUGUCUUGCAGGCCCUGCGGACAGAUGUCAAGUCCCGCAGGGCCCUGGUCUCUUGUGACAGAGUGUUCCACCAGAUCGGGGCCACAGCCGAAAAAGCCCUGGCUCUGGUUGAUCUCAACCACGAGAGAGUUCCACAGAACUGUCCCACAAUGCUGAAUGCACCACUGGUUGCUGAUUUGCAGGUAGGGAUUUUAUGCUUCCACCUGCAAUGAGGGGCAGUGUAUGAACACUUACAACAAGGACAGUGUUUAAGCAAACAAAUAAAAUGCUAAUGAAGAAAAUAAAAUCAUAAAGGCUGGAAGUUCUUUGACAGUGCUUCACCUGCCAUCAUCCCAGGAGGUUACUGCUGGUUCCUUCCCUGCUUCCUUCCUUCCCUGGUGUGUCUCUAUACAAACUUUCCACCUGUGUGUCUCUGCAGGGAUGAUAGUCGUGUGUACAGCUGCAGGAAUCGCAGCUCUGGUGGUGGCAGCUGUGUGCUGGUGCAGGUAGGCCCAUGCAAAACCUUUACUUGGCAAGAGGCCAGCAGUUUUAUUUAGUGCUUCCCCCCACCCCCACCCCAAAACACCAUUCUCGGGAACCACUAGGAAGGGUGGGGAUGCAGGUAUAAUAACGCUAGAAUGAGGAGCUGCUUAAGAGCAGCAACAACUGCAAUUGUUUAUUGCAUUUGCAUCCCACCAUUUUCUCCACGAAGCUCAAGGCGUCACCCAUGGUUCUCCCCUUCUUCAUUUAUUCACUACAACAACCCUGUGAGGUAGGUUGGGCUGAGAGUGAACGAGUGGCCAAGUAGGGAUUUGGACCAUGGUCUCUAAGCACUAAACAAGGCAGUCCUGUGUACCAUUCUCUGCUGUAGUAUCAAGUGCUGAAGGACGCUGAAUGUUGCCCUCAAGCCCUUCUUAUUGGCUUUUCAAAAGCGGGCCACUGUUGGUAACAGGCUAGAUGGAUUUCUCACCUGCUCCAGCAAGCUGCUGGUGUGUCUAAUUAUUUACUUGCUUUCCUCUUCUCCUCCUCUUCCUAGGCUGCAAAAGGAAAUACGCCUUGCACAGAAAGCAGACUACCCAGUUCAGAAACUCCCGGGCCCUCCGUCGUAUGACAAGAUCUCAGUAUGUCCUUUUCUCUUUGAUGCCUGUUUGCUGGCUAUGCACUAAACUUGAUGCUCUUCACUGUUUGAAGGGAAUGUGGGGAAAAACAUUUGUAUGCCUAAUUCCAGGCAAUAAUGAGCCCCAGUUACCCAGCCAUAGCAGGGGGUUGGUUGCCUUUGCAUCUCUGUAUCCUAUACUGUUCUGGCCUCACAACCUUCCAAAUACAUCUCUGCUAGCAGGGGCAAGUUGCUGUGGACUUGGCUCCUUCUCAACAGGAAAUGCUUGCCUGGACUGUGAUGAUUUCUGCAUGCUCUUUUCUUCCAAACUCACUGCAACUUGGGCUAACUUGCAAUGCUGUGUACACUGUGCCUGUUUUUCUCUCCCCAAAGCCUGGCGAUAAGAAGUUGGCACAGAGUGCCCAGAUGUACCACUACCAGCACCAGAAACAACAGAUGCUAUCCAUGGAGAAGUGAGUAGCACCAUUAUUCACCCAUAUUUUUAGCAUUUUCUUCAGACUGCGGCUUCCACACACCUCGUGGCAACAAGUCUGCUUUAUUAAAAUACUUUUAUCCCACUCUUCACCCUAAAAAAAGAGGGAAGUCCUCUUAGAGCAGCUCCCCAAUGUCAUUGAUGAGACAAUUCCCUGCCCCUCGGGCUUACAGUCUUAAAAAAAGGCAUGAUAUAAGACAGAGAGGAAUGGAUUUGGAUGAAGUAGGGAAAAAACAAACUCAGUUAGGCCUCUACCUUUCCAUGCAUGGUUCUGGGACUGGGUUCCUGUGGAGGGUGCAUUUCAAAAACUUCUGCCCGAGAGAACUGGAACAGCCAGUCCACAACAUUGCAUCCACAUCUUUAGUGUCUUUUUAAUGUGGACUCACUUGGGAGAAGAAGAGGAGGAGGCGGAGUUUGGAUUUGAUAUCCCGCUUUAUCACUACCUGAAGGAGUCUCAAAGCGGCUAACAUUCUCCUUUCCCUUCCUCCCCCACAACAAACACUCUGUGAGGUGAGUGAGGCUGAGGGACUUCAGAGAAGUGUGACUAGCCCAAGGUCACCCAGCAGCUGCAUGUGGAGGAGCGGGGAAGCGAACCCGGUUCACCAGAUUACGAGUCCACAGCUCUUAACCACUACACCACACUGGCUCUCUACAUUCCUUUGGCCUAUGUGAUGUGGCCUCUGGCUCAGAUAGCCUUUUUAAAAGCUUAGGUCAGCCUCUCCCCAACCCAGCAAGCCUCCAAACUGCAGCUUGCACCAACUCCUGCUAGCUAGCACAGCCAUGCUGGGUAGGAGGUGCAGUUAAAACACCUGAAAGGUACUAGGUUGGGGAAGGCUGGUUGGAUUUUGGGAAGAUUCAGGACAAAAGAAAGUGCUUAUUUACACAUCACAUAGUUAAAUUAUGGAACUCCCACAGGAGGAAGGGAUGGCCACCAGCUUUGGGCACCAGGCAAAAACAUUUAUCUUCUUGCAGACCUUUGACCAAUUAAACAAUAUGUUUGUUUUUUUUAAUGGGGGAGGGUAUUGUUUUUGUUAUUAUGCUAUGUGUUUUUGCAUUGUAAACCACCCUGUAAUCUUUGGAUGAAGGACAGCAUGGAAAUUAAUAAUAAUAAUAAUAAUAAUAAUAAUAAUAAUAAUAAUAAUAUUUCCAUGCUGUCCUUCAUCCAAAGAUUACAGGGUGGUUUACAAAUAAUAAUAAUAAUAAUAAUAAUAAUAAUAAUAAUAGCAAUGUUCCUGAAUAACAGUUGCUGGAAGCCACAGAAGGGGCAGAGGGCUCUUGUGCUCAGGUCUGGCUUGUGGGUUUCCCACAGGCAUUUGGGUAACCAAUGGGAGGACAGGAUGCUGGCCUAAGUGGGCCCCCUUUGGCCCGAUCCAGCAGGGCUCAUCUUGGGUUCUUAUAUGACAGCUUUUGGAAAGGUAUAGUUAAAUUGAUGGAAGGUCUGUGUAUACACCUGAAAAUUGCCAAGUGCCGUCUUCUGUGUUCAGAGACAGGGCACUUUUGAGUACCAGGUGCCAAGGUCAAGGAGGGGGGGACAGGGGGAGCGGGGAGCAGUCUCGCUUUAUUACCUGCUUGCCACACUUUAUCCUUGGUGGCUCCCGUUAGAAGUGAAUCACUGGACCAGGUGCCCUGUGGGCUGACCCAGCAAGGCCAGUUGGGUUUCCCCAACACACCUAGCCAAGUUUCAGAAACGUGUCACGUCAGAGUGCCAGAGUUCUGCAGAUGGCUAAGCUUGGAACUGCAGCUUUUGAUACUCCAGGGUUUCAACACAGGACUUUUUUUAAACCUGGGAGUGGCUCCAGCUAACUCCUGGAGCUUCUGAACCACCACCACCACCCCACCCCAACAUUUUGGCUCUCUGUGUGUGGAGUCAUAGAAUCAUAGGACUGAGUCAGAAGGGACCCAAAAGGUCCUAUAGCCCAACUCUGUGGGGAAAGUGGGUUGGGUGUGCCAGUCUGUGUGUGCUGCACUCUUUACCUUCCUGCCCUGCCACCAUCUCACCUCCUCCACCCCAUCAAUAGGAAUAAAGAGGAGGCCAAAGUUCCAGAAUCUGCAUCAUCGGAUGAAGAAAACGAAGAUGGAGACUUCACCGUCUAUGAGUGCCCAGGCCUUGCUCCUGUGAGUGUUUCCUCUUCCACGCACCAGAGUGCCCUUGGCCCUCUGACAGCUUUUCUUACUCUUUCUGUGUGCUUCUUGAUAACUAAGUUCUGCUUGUUUUAUUGAGUACACACUCAAAUUAGGAUAGAUUAUUGUUGUUGCACUUAACCCACACCUCCAAUCAGAGUUGGAAGUGGCCGGAGGUUCCUGCACUUACCCAGAGUUCAGUUUCCUUGGAAGAAGAAUCAACAGAAACAUUGGUGUCUUUAGGAAACAUGGUUUUAUUUACGGGUAUAUACAACCUGGGACGCGGGUGGCGCUGUGGGUUAAACCACAGAGCCUAGGACUUGCCGAUCAGAAGGUCGGUGGUUCGAAUCCCCGCGACGGGGUGAGUUCCCGUUGCUCGGUCCCUGCUCCUGCCAACCUAGCAGUUCGAAAGCAUGUCAAAGUGCAAGUAGAUAAAUAAGUACCGCUCUGGCGGGAAGGUAAACGCCGUUUCCGUGCGCUGCUCUGGUUUGCCAGAAGUGGCUUAGUCAUACUGGCCACAUGACCCAGAAGCUGUACGCCGGCUCCCUCGGCCAGUAAAGCGAGAUGAGCGCCGCAACCCCACAGUUGGCCACGACUGGACCUAAUGGUCAGGGGUCCCUUUACCUUUACAACCUGAGCAUAGGAUGGAGGGGCUCACAGUAUCGGUGCCCCAGCAGAUCUUGCUACUUCAUUAGGUUUCCAAGUCACAGCUUUGGGGUCCAGCGCAGAGCAAGGUGUGCCUCAGUCUCCCCAGCUUCCAGCAUCAACCCUAACUCACUCACACAACUCUCAACCCCUCCCACUUAGCCUGUUGUCCUCAGGAAAGGCACACCUAUUUGUCUCUAUGGCAACAGAGCUCACUCUUUCAAGAUGUGAAUGAUGAGUAGUACUUAGCUGACCUGCUAAGGCCAUCACUAUGAAAAAGAAACUGAUUUGGCAGUUUCUCUUUUGUAGAACAUAGCUGCACAGAUAAAGGAUUGCAGGUUUGGGAAGGAACCCCUGGUAUCCUCCAGACUGAAUUCACAGACUAAUAAUUAUUAAUACAGGUGAUUCCUCAAUUAUAUGAGGGUUGUGUUCCAGGGUUCCCUCAUAAACCCUCAGUCCUCCAUCCAGGCAAGCCAGAGCCAGGAUUGCAGUUUAAGGACACCUUCCACCCAGGCAGAAGUCCUUGUGGAAUGCGUAGAGCAGGACUGGUGAGGGGAAUGGCCACAGAAUAGGGGACUUGAACCCUUGGCUCCCUGGUCUGGUCUUCUAACCACACGCUGGCUCUUGAAGGGGAACGCCAAGUCUUGCUCUAUUGUGAGAGAGCAUUUCAGUUUUGUGUAAGAACUCUUGAGCUCUUCCAGCUGAACAGUGUAGGGCAGUAGAUCUUUAAAAGAAAAUGCUGAAAAAACUGGGGGUUGGGGGAGAAGAUGACUAAAAAUUCUUGAGGCAAUUAAUUUUUCCUGCUUUUCACAUCUUCUCUCUUAUCUCCCCCCCCCCCUCACCUGCGCCACCCUGGACUCAACGCAGACUGGCGAAAUGGAAGUGAAGAACCCUCUUUUUGACGACUCCUCGCUGCACUCCCCACCCACCAAGUUGCACCCAUGACCUCUGGCCGAGCAUGUUGUGGACUGUGUCUGCCGAGCCUUAUGUGUAGGAAUGUCCCAACCUGCCGACAUCCUCACUACCUAAAGAGAGAGUCUCCUUUGCAACACCUCCAGAUGCCCGAAUGUGCAUCUCCCCUCCCCCCUCCCCACGCCAACAAAUGAAUCUCUGAAAUGAAUGCACAUUAUUGGCUUCUGGGGAGGGCGGGUGGGGGGGCUUCACUCUUCAGCUCUUCAUUGCUACCACUGCAACCCCCAACUCCUCUUAGAUACAACAACCUAGCACUAUUUAGAUGAUUGGGCACAUGAAUUGUUUGGGGGGGGGGAGGAAAUGCCUAUUUGCUGUUUUGUUGACGGGGGUGGGGGCGGAGUGUGAGAGAAGGAAGGGGAGUCCCCUGACUUUUUCACCCACCCCCAAGCUCCUGCAAAGGGUCCUUGUCCUGGAGGCCAAGUCGUCUUGUCAGCCCUCAGAGCAAAAGCCCGAAAUGAGAAUCCACCCAGCAUAAAAUGCUAUAAAUCUUUUUUGAAUCCAAUGGUGUCAUCCCUCCAAUUUGUAAUAUAUAAAAAUACAUGCGGAUAUACCUUGCAGUUCUUUAUUUGAGCAGUAUGGUUGGGGGAUCGUGGCCCUUCCACCCCAACUUUCUGUAUUUUGUGAAGAUUGAAAGGGAAGUUUGACCCUCCUAGCCAAUAGUACUCCUAGGACAUUAAAAUGCCCAUUUUAAAGGUGGGAAGGGGGACAAACUAAGGCAGAAGGAUAACGGCAUUCAUGAUAGUGAAACAAUUUCAAAUCACUUCUGGGCUUUUCUCUGCCAGGCAGUUGGGUCCUCAGCUGUUGGGUUGUGAUCUACAGCAAGGUCCAAACCCAUCCUAGGAUGAGUUAUGGUCCCUUUGAGAAGCCUAUCUACAUGCCAAAAAUAAAACGUUUUUAAUGCCCCUUUAACACUCAGGAUGUCUCCCUUCCAAAUAAAACUGGGAAUUGUAGUUUUAAGACUGCUGAGAACGCCAGAGGUUCCAGCUCUUCUGUGCAGAACUGUGGUUCACAAAAUUUCGUUCAUUAUCAUGGCCAUGUUGUGGGAUAAAGAAAAUUGUGGAGGAAAGGGAGAGUUGACGCAAGUGGAACAGCUUUAAAACAUAACAGUGCAAUCCUGGGUGCAUUUACCCAAAAGUAAGCUUUGCUGCACUGAUGGGACUUUCUCCCAAGCUUGGGACUGUGCCCUUAAAGUCAUCAAAUCACUGUGCUUUAAUUGUAGCACUGGGGGCAGGGAAAGCACUGCAUCUGGUCUUCACAGAUUGCCCCACCUGGUGCUGCAAGGGGGCAAGGGGUGGCCGUGGCAAAGAUGCGUUCCCUUUAGAGUCUAGAGAACCCACCCUGCUAGCAAGAGGAAAAAGUUAAAGGCCCAGUUCAAAGGUGGCUGACUGGGCAUUUCAGACUGCCAGGGGUAGGAGUGAUCCAGCCUAUGGGCUUUAGCAGGAACCAAAUAAAACAUACUGGUGUUCACAGGGGGUUCCUUGGGUUUAGGCGCAGUGGUUCUCAACCUGUGGGUCCCCAGAUGAUGUUGGACUACAACUCCCAUCAUCCCUGAGCUCUGGCCUUGCUAGUUAGGGGUGAGGGGAGUUGUAGUUCAACAACAUCUGGGGACCCACAGGUGGAGAAAGGCUGGAGGGGGCUGCCAAACUGGCCAGUGCUGGGUGUCUGGGCGCUGGGUGUCCAGCGGUCAGGCCUGGACCAGGAUGUUCUGAGGCAAAACAGAAAAUCUGCCCCAGAGAGGAGCAGGUGGGAACGUGGAUGUGGGGUGGUUGGGCAACAAGCAGAGGGGGAGGUGAGAUGGGCGCUCCUCAGGAGCCCUGAUCUGCCACCCAUCCAAGCUGUCCCCACCCUGCUGCCUGAGGCGCCUGCCCCACUGAACCUCAUGGGCAGACUGGCCCUGACAGCAGUGCAAAUUUGCUGCCCCAAACAUUGGCUUCUUUCCCUCUCUUUCACCACACAGUAGUGCUGACCUCCCUGUUUCUGCCCUAGUUGACAACAGGGGUGACAACUUCUGUUCUAUUGCUUUUCUUCUACCCCACUAACCCCCAGUACCGCCAGGGCAUCUAACUGACGAGGGAUACCCCUGUCAUUCUUUGUGAUAAGUGAGAGAUUAUUGGCAGGGGGCUGGGUGGGUGGGUGUGUCCUUGGUAAGAUCACUUUUGCAGCUAGUUCUGCCAAGAGCAGGUCCACUGUGGCUUCUGAAGCAGCUGGAGACCCCUUUGUUUUGUACGCAGGGGCUCCAGGUUAAAAUCGCAUAGCAUUGUGGGUCCAGUAAGGCUGGGAGUGACCCACGUGCGAAGCCCUGGACAGCCCCUGCUGCCAGUCAGUGUAAGUCGUGCUGAGCUAGAUGGAAUCAGGGUCUGAGUCAACUGUUUCUGACAAUCAUUCCCCUGGGCUGCACAAGAACCAAAACGGAACUAUUCCUCGUGGGUUUGGGGUGGAGCCAAGUGCUUCUAAUAGUUCAAACCUCAACCCCUGAUUUUUUUGCAGGGAGGGGAUUUUCUAAUGCUGAUUCUGAGACACUUAAAAAAACCCAACAACAAUUGAAAACACAAUUUUUGAAAGUUUUCCCUCUCCUAAUUUGCUGAACAGAGGAAGGAUGAGGUUCCUAACUUUGGGGUAACUCCGUUGUUUUGCAUUAAGAGAAGAUUGGGGUGAGAGAGACCUCAGUUCAUAGAGUAGCCUUUGUAAACCAGAUGCAUUGGACUACAUGCUGGGAUGGCUCAGUUGGUAGAGCAUGAGACACUUAAUCUCAUGGUUGUAAGUUCGAGCCCCACCAUAGGGUAAAAUAUUCCUGCAUAAAGAGUUGAGCCUGGAUAGAUUCUUAAAAUCAGACACGAGAUAAAGAGAGCCUCAUAUAUCCAAACCUGUUUUAUGUUUUAUUUCCCCUGGUCCGAAGGCAUUCCUGAAAAACAACAUCAGGAACCUAUGGCCCUUUAAAAUUUUGCCCCAGUCAUGAGGUCUAGAAACUUGGGUUUCUUAAUUUUAUUUUAAUGCUUAGCUGGUUGGCAUGGGGAAGGAAGCAAUGCUUGAAACAGGAGUGUACCUCUACAAUUCUGACCCAAGGAACCUUGAAUAUCGUCUUACUCAAAGCCUUCUAAGACUCAUGCUUCAUUUGCGGUGCAGAGGCAUUUAGGGAGCUUUGCCAAAUGUGUAUCUGAGGUUCAACACGUGUGUGUGUGUGUGUGUGUGUGUGUGUGUGUGUACACAUAUAUAGCCAUGUCUGUGGUUUCCUCCCACCUGCUAUGGCUGCAGAGUCUGAGCCCGUGGAAUGACAGACAAGAUCUACCGGGAAAAGAGAUGGCAAAUUUAUACAAUUUUAAAUGCACAAAAUUGGAAGAGAUCUGAUGUUCCGCAACCUCUUUCCUUGGAAGCCCCUGUCACGAGAGAACCCACAGCUCCUUCUGUAGCUGCUGGACUGAUGUUUAGUUCAGGUGUUUAAAAUAUACAGUUGCUGGUUAUCCCUUGUAUCCCUUGUACAGUGUAAGAGAGCCACACUGUUAAACUGCAGAAGGGAUUGGAAAUUGUCAUGGAAAUGUAUUGAUUGGGGGGGGGGGGGGGUUAGUAUAAAGUUAUCUGAAGGUAAUACACCAAGAAAACCCGUGGGGUCUUAUAUGCAGCCUUCAUUGAUUUGAAGACUGCCUUUGAUUCAAUUUCACGACUCUGGGCCAAUUUGAAUACAUCCAGUAUAGAUAAAAGAUUAUUAUUUUUGAUUAAUGGCCUAUAUAAAGAUACUGUGUUGUACGUAAGAUCCUCCACAAAUGGCCAACUCAUAGGUCCUGUACCAGCCACCAAGGGGGUUAAACAAGGCUGCAUUUUAGCCCCAGCUUUAUUUAACCUAUAUAUCAAUGACAUGGUUAACAGCUUGACAUCUCCGGAGUUCCACGCUCCUAAAUCGGCCACAAAACCAAUCUCAGUGCUCUUAUACGCUGAUGAUGCGGUCCUCCUAUCCCGAACAAAAAUAGGCCUUAAAAGGUUGAUAGGAGAAUUCUCAGCAUAUUGCAGAAGAGAACAGCUGGUGGUAAACUAUCAGAAAACCAAAGUCACGGUUUUCGCAAGGAAACAUAUAUUACAUAGCUGGAGCACGGACAAUCACCCAACAGAGCAGGUUAAAGCCUUUAAAUACCUGGGCAUAGUCUGAGGGUCAGCCAUCUUCUGAAUCUUAAAAAAUCCCCCCCCCAUGCCCCCAUAGCAUCUUUGGGACAGUCCCUUCUGCUUUCUAUUGCUUGGCUUUGAAUUUAGCAAAGUACUCUUUAACUUAUUUCCCAUCAUGACAGCCCUGCAAAGUAGGGCACUGUCUCCAAGUUAUAAGUUGCCUGAGGCUAUACGGCUCGCUGGCGUUUGAACCCAGACUGAGUCUUAACUGUAGCUGUGGGGCACUCAGGUUCCUAAAUCAUAAAGUGAGAGAAGGAAGGGAUCCUUGAUUGUAUGCUAACCUUUUUUUAUAGCUCUACAGUAUUAAAUAUCCUGAGCACACACACUGCUAUUGAGAAGCCUCUGCAUUCUACCUGCUCCUUGUUUUGACAUGUGGAAAGAGCUUCAAAAGGUGCGCGCGCGCGCAUGCGCGCGCACACACACACACACACACACACACACACACACACUGAGUCUUACUGGCUAUGCCCAGGGUGGGGGGUGGAGAUAUCCAAUUUCUCUGAUUUAUUUCUCUCUUCUUAUUCUGUUACAUGUGACUCCUCCAAACUAAUUUCAUUGUAUGGACUGUGCUUAGUGUUACUUUAAAGAAGGGGAAGUUUUAUUAAAGGACUAAAUUUCAAACCAAAUCUUGAUUUCCUAUUCCUUCUUAACCCACUCGCACUUAUAAGAUAAGCUGGUUUCUAGGUCUUUGGUUUAAAGGGCAUAUUUAAGGAAGUAUGUUGGAUUUCCAUAUUGGGGGGACUGGACUCUCUUCUGCCUUGAUUUCGAUUGCCAAGUGAUCUUUGUGCCCAAGAGGAGUCUGGGAAAUGAUUACAGAGUGCACCUUUGGGUCAUGUGAAGGCCUAGUGCCGACUAUAAUAUACAGGAUGCUUUUAUCUAACCAUUUUGAGCUCUUGGGGUAUCGAUGGAAACUGCUUGUGUCUUCUGCCAUCGAGACAUAGGUUGAGUUUCAGUAUCAGAUGAGGCAGGUUAGACACCUGGCCCAGGUAGCAUCCGAUGGGAACGUGGGCAGCAAUGAUGAUGAUGAUGAUUUCAUAUAUUUUUAGCCUGCAGUUUGGGGCAUUAAUGCUUCAAAAUGCAAAUAUUGCUGUAAAAAUGUUGCAUUCAAAUAACAGCAGCAGUCAUUUAAAUUCUUUAAAUAUAACACCUGUACAGUUACCACUCAGAUAAGGAAUUUGGAGUUUAGGCAAAGCUGCGUUUUACCACUUGUCUUUGGCCUUUAUACAGUCACCAGGUCACCAUUGUGGGGGGAUGAAGGCAACCACAGGAAGGAAACAAAGUUCACCUGAAGCUAUCUGUGGUACUGCAACUCCUAACUUGCCUUGCGCAGUGAUAUCUGACUAAUGUUAUGGCCAGCCAUAAUGUAGAUUUCCCUUCUCUGUCCAAUGCCGCUAGCUGCUAAUAAUAAUAAAAAUUGUUUGUUUGUUU